UUUUUUUUUUGUUUUUUUUUUCCAACUAGCUUAUUGACUCUCCUCUGUUUUUCUUUUUCUGGUUAUUCUCAGCCAACCUGCACCUUUCACUUUCAGGCACAUCUUCUGCUAUUUAUGACACCCCACUCACACCCCUCCCUAUCCUUCUCUAACAUCAGUUUUAAGUGUUGAACUCUAUCAGCUUGAUCAGUAUUGCUUCAGACCUGAAGAGAGGAAAACUCUUGAAAGCUUUUCUUUGAAAUAUUAUGUUAGUCCAAUAAAAAAAAAGGUAUCAUUGCAUACUGCAAUACUCUGGUAUUUUGGCAUCUUGUCUACUGGACUAAUACGGCUAAUCCAAUCUACUGGACUAAUACGGCUAAUCCAAUCUACACUAUAUAUAUAUAUAUAUCACUAUGGUAUGUGUUUACCUAGAAGGAUGCUUGUGGUGUCAUGCUCUGUUAAUCCUUAUUAGAAAUAGUCAACAUGUACUGGGAAAAAACAUUACAUUUUAAUUAUUCCUUGUAAAAUUUGUGUUGAUGUUUAGUGUCGUCCAGACUCUGGAUUUCAAGCAGAACCUACCAACUUUUCAGAGACUUCAUCAGGUAUUUUAAAUAAGAUAUGCUUGUAUGCUGUCGUAAAGACCCUUGCUUUACCUCAUCCUCCCUUGACCUUCCUUGAUUUGAUAGAAAAACUGUGGUUUGGAGUUUAUAUCUGGGGUAGGUAACUUUCUGCACUCCAGGUGUUUUGUACUACAUCUCCCCUGAUGAUGGCUCUAAGAGCAUUAUGGGAGAUAUAGUUCACAACAUCUUGAGUGCCAAAGGUUACCCUACCCCCGUUCUAUAUUGUUUGUGAAAAAUUAUCUUAUGUGUUCCACUACUUUUGCAGUUUUCUUUCCUCUGUGAUAGUUACCAGCUCAGUGCAUCUUAUUUGGGAAAUCUAGGAGGCUGUUCAUUCUGCAAUAACAAACCCAUGUAGCAGGAAACAGCCAGGGUUUCUCAGCCAAUCCCUACCCUCCAAAUAUAAAAAAUAGAAGAGAUCUUACUUACAAUUAACAGAGCUUAACCCAGCUCUGGUGUGGAUAGCUUGCAGCGGUAUUAUCCCCGCUUACAGGAUAUUCGGCAGGUAUCCUCUUCUUUGUGGUAACAGGUGGCCGAAGUUGGGGAAGAUAAAAUGAAGACAGUAAUGGUGCAGUAUGUUCUACACUGAUAAAAAAUAUUAUAAAAUAUGGUAGAUACACUCACAUUCGGUAGAGCUUAGGCUAGCUCUAGUUGGUUAGGCGUACAGCGGUAUCAUCCCCGCUUAUGGGAUAUAUGAGGAGUGAUCUUGAUCGGAAUGUCAGGAGCUCGAAGAGAAGGUAAAACAGCGAUAGUGCUCUCAGUAAAAUCUUAAUUGGUAAAAUAAAAUAAUAAAAUAUACUCACAGUGUAUAGGGCAGACUAACUGCUCUAUGUAACAGCGUAGGUGGUAUAAUCCCCACCUAGGAUUCUUGGAGUAUGGUAUACAGGACUUUAAAAUAAUAAAAAAAGAUCAAAUGUAAAUAAAAAGUUUAUAAAAUAGCCAGGUAAUAGAAAAGAUGAUGGUAUAAACGUAAAAAUGACCAAAAUCUUUUAUUAACAAUAUAUAAAAUAGUAAAAAAUAUUGCACCAUUACUGUCUUCAUUUUAUCUUCCCCAACUUCGGCCACCUGUUACCACAAAGAAGAGGAUACCUGCCGAAUAUCCUGUAAGCGGGGAUAAUACCGCUGCAAGCUAUCCACACCAGAGCUGGGUUAAGCUCUGUUAAUUGUAAGUAAGAUCUCUUCUAUUUUUUAUAUUUGGAUUACUCUCCACGAUACCGAUACCUUCUGAAUCCCACCAAAAGUAGAACUUUGGACACGAUAAUAUACAUUGGACUCAACACUCAGUGUACACAUCGGCGCAGACCUAUCCCCCAUCUUUUCUGCUCCUACCAUUUGUAUUCCAAGGACACUAGAGGGAGUCCUUGUUUGGGACUGCUGCCUCUCUGACUAGCGCUGACUCAACCCCCCAUUUUGUAAUCCUUGCCCUCCGUUUGCUGUCAUUAGAAGCAUUGUGUGUGUCCUAUACUGCCCUGUUGUACAUAUAAAAUGUUUCUUAGCUUUUUGUUGAAGGUUGAUUAGCAUACCUGGCUGUGAUUAUUUCUUUCUUCGUGUGUUGUAAGUGGACAGUUAAAUCAACAUAGUAAAAAAAAAAAAAAUUAACAGUGUGCUAUCCAUUUAUAGGAUUUUUACCUGUUUCUACGACCAGCAAACUUAAGGCAGUUAAGGGUCCUGUCCCUAUGAAAGAAGAACAUCUGAAUUUACCUGCUGCAUUCAUAUCUUCGGCCUCAUAUUUUAAACCAAUUAUUCUUAUGCAAAAUGAAGAUACUUCUGGGUAUGUUAUAAUUUGCUUCCUUUGUGUAGAUUGUCGUAAUCAAUUCAUUUUUACAUGACGCAAAUAUAUUUUUUUCUCUCUUUAGCAAAAAGACUCCAUAUUCGUCUGGUGUGAAAGAAUUUGGAGAUUCGGUUGAAAAUGACCCUUUUGGAGAGGAGAUAUCAGUUACAGAUUUGGAAGACAAUACAGAAGACAAGACAUCUGAAAAUCAAAACUGUGUUAUUUCUCCAAGAACCUUAAGUUCAAAUAAGGCCAAUUCCACGGUUUCUGACUGUUUGUCUGAUUGUAAAGAAAACAUUUCCUCUGCAGCUUCUUCAAUUUCUUCCAGUUCCUCAACAUUGAGGAACAGCCCAUUAAUAAACAAUUAUUUGCUAAAGCAAGACCCAAAAACUGGGAGUCUUAAGCUUGUACGUGUUCAUCUAAACAUUCCUGAUCACAUACAAAAUGUAUCUCUAGAAUCUGAAUCCAUGGUCUUUGGGGCUGUUAAUACAUCAAGCUCAAACACUGUAACAAAUAAUGAUGUUAAUAUCAAUAAUUUCAAAAACUCUGAAAAGCUCCCCAUUUCUGACCUUUCUAAAUGUAAAGAGACGCAUACUAAAGUUAAUGAUGUCACAAGUGAGCUUCCACUGACUAAUGGGGUAUUGACUUCCAGCUCCAAUACUGCUAGGACUCAUGAAGCAGUUAAGGACUGCGAGAACAAAACGAACAAUGUUUCAGAACUGAAUGCUGCUAAUGGCGAUUCACCCGCUAAGAGGACAGUAUCCUCACCUCUGCAAAAAGUGGUGGACCUUAUACGAGAUGAAUUUGCUUUUGAUGGGUAUUUGGAAAAUGGCAUAGAAGAUCUUGCAAUGGGUAUGUGUCAAGGCUUCAACAAUAAAUAUUGAGCAUAUUGUUUAAUCACAUUAGUUUGUUGCAUGAUUUUUUUUUUUUGUUUUUUUUUUCUUUUCUAAUUCAGAUUAAAUUUGCAGUAUUCUAUAAAAGACAAAUCAAAGUGGGAUAAAAAUCAGAAAACAAUAAAUAAUUAAAAUGUCCUGGAAUAGCAUCCAAAUAAGUAAUUAUUUGCUUAAAAAUUAUUAUGCAAUGCCCGAGCAGCAUAAUAUAAUUUGCAGGCUAUGGGAUAUAAAUAAGUAUUGCAAUUGGCUGGCAUAAUGUAACACAGAUUCAAAGUUACUGAUGAUGGUUAAAUGUAUUUUUUUUUUUUUAAAUGUAUUUUUAUUGUGUUUUGUUUUGCAUGUUAUAUUGUCAAACAGGGGUGAGACUCCAGGUCCCGGUCUUUACAGCGUGUAAAUUGAGAAUAGUAAAUACUGUCAUAUGAGACACACAGGUCUCAUAUCAGUCUCAUGCAUAUCAUUAGAUGAGACGCUCAGGUCUCUAUUUUGAGAUUUAUCGUAACCUGAGCAGGACUCGCAGGUCCCUUGAAGUGAAACUCACAUUAAAACAUUCCAGUAAUUUGUAUACGUGAAAGGUGUGCAAUCAUUUAGCUAUCGUGUAUAUAGUGUGUCUGGUGGAUGUCGAGCAUGGGACCAUUUUAGAAGAGAGAUUGAGGUGGGGGGGUGCGGAAGAAGGGGGGAAGCAGGCCUCUGUCGUGGCUUGCACUAUGUUUGGGGGUUUACUCCCUUUGUAUGGAAUGCUAGGAGUGUCGACUCACUGGUGGAUUUUGUUAGCAAAUCUUUCCCCUACUGUGGUCAGUAGCCAGUGUGCCCAUAUGUCUAGAUAUUUUUGGGACUUAUCGGUUGACUUCAUAGGUAGCUUGUCUAUAGCCCUUAAGUCCUCCAUCUGGGUGAACUAUUUGUCUAGUGUGGGUGUUUCCUGACUUUUCCAGUGCUGGGGGAUCAUCUGUUUCGUGAUCGUUCUUUUAUAUUUAUUACUUGGUAUUGUCGUGUGAUGUAGGAGCAUUGCAGCAGGGUUGAAGGGGGGGCAGUUUAUCAGUGAAUUCCUGCGGCAUGUCGUGUAUCCCCUUUCAGAAGGGUUGAAUCCUAUUGCACUGCCACCAUAUAUUCAGUGCCAUCCCUACCGCAGCCUCGCAUCUCCAGCACUGUGCGGGAUGUUCCAGGUUCACCCAGUUUAACAUGUUGGUGGUGCGAUACCAAUGCUUAAGCAGUUUAUAUGCCAUCUCUUGGGUUUUGCUAAAGACAUCGCAUUUGUGUGUUAAAGAUCAUAUUUUCUCCCAGUCCCCAUCACUAGACCUGCGGUCCAGGGCCGUGUCCCCACCUUCCCAUAAAUCUCUGUGGUUUGACGGGGACGUGUGUAUGCAACAUGGAGUAUAGAAAGGACACCUCAUGGGGGAGCGGCUCCGGAUCCAUGCAUGUCCGUUCAAAUAACGUAGGUGCGCGCUUCAGCGCCUGUCCCUGUGGUAGUGUUUUAAGGAAGCUAGUCCGCUGUUUGUAUUUGAAUAAUUGCGUAAAGGUCGGGGUUGACUCACUGAAGAUGUCUGGUAGGGCUUUUAGUCCCGUCUCGGGAUGGAUGUGGAGUACCCAAGGUAGCGAGUCUUUGAACAGGUCUCGGAAUGUAUUCGGGUCCAGGCCUGGUUGAAAGUCCACGUUGUGUCUCAAUGGGAACAGUGGUGAUGGGUGUGAGGUGAGGUCAUACCUUCCUGCUAUCCUUGUGUGUAUAUGGAUGCGUCUCUCCCAGCCCCCCACGGGAGCAGGGUCAUGGGCGUCCCUACAUCUGUUUCCUCCACCUUUUUCCAGAGUUUUUGUACUGAUAUGCGACGUAGUAAAGGGAAAAGACCGGCAGUGCCAGGCCUCCCCUCUUCUUGGGCUGUGUGAGUAGGUUAUAUUUAACUCUAGGUCAUUUUUCCGUUCCAGACAUAUGUCCCCAACGCCGCAUGUAGGGAGUUAUAGUACGUCCUCGGGAUCAGGAUAGGGAUGGCCUGUAAAACGUAAAGUAACCAUGGAAGGAAGUUCAUCUUGGCCACCUGGAUGUGGCCCAGCAACGAUAUAUGUGCUCAGCAUAGGGGCGAAAUCAUCCGCUUAUAAGUCUGUACUAUGCUUAGUUAGCCUUAUGCCCAAGUAUCGAAUUUUAGAUUCUGUCCAUUGGGAUAGUUAAAUUUAUUUAAUGUGAUAAAGGGUUACUUUAAGUAUAUAACAUACAAGGAUGCUUUCUGAAACUGUAUACAUAAAAGAAAAUGCAUGUUUUUUUUUCUUCUUUUGUUUUAGCUUGUUUUUUUUGGAGGGGUUUGGGGGGGGUUAAGUUGAAUUUUUGCAAAUAUACUGAUCACUAAAUACCUGUCAUUUAUUAUACAUGCAGAGCUCUAAAGUUUUCAGCUAUGGUAAAAAACAUGAGGGAUCCACCGAUUUAUCGGUCUGGCCGAUAUCGGCCGAUAUUCUGUAUUUUCAGCAAUAUCGGUAUCGGCCAAUAAAGAUACCGAUAUUGCCGAUAAUUCAGACCAGGGCCACCAUCAGGGUCCUGGGUGGCCCAGCACACUCUUACUUACCUUCCCAGCAGCUCCCUUCAGUUUCCCUGUCUAAACCUCGCUAACAAGGCCGCGAGCUUUGGCCAGGGGAGCUGCUGGGAAGGUAAGUAAGAGUGUGCUGGGCCCCCUCUGCACAGUCCAUGCCACUGUGGUUCAAUGUGGUUCAUUAUCUUCACUAAGAACCAAAUGGUAACUAAAAUGAGUCGAAUGUAUUCCUGCUAUUUUUAGAUGGAUCUCAUUGCUGCAACGAGAGUCAUUUGAAAAUAGCUCAACCGAAUUGCAGCUCAGUUUUCCUGCUACAAGCAUAGAAAUGCUACUAAUGUAAGAGUCAGGUUUAGGGGGGAGAAUUUAGGUUAGGGGUAUCCUUGGAUUGUUAAGGGGUCACUGGGUAUGAUUAGAGUGACUUAGAAGUGGGAGGCUUUGAGUUUGAGGUAUAAUCCUUUGGUUUGUAUCAUCGGCUUUAAAACCGAAUGGAAUGUUUCUACCUUUUCUCUGCUAGGUGGCACUGUUGUGGUAGAAAAGUGCUACUGCGAGUGGUAUGAAUUUAAAAUAUAAAAAAUUAAAUUUAUUUUAUAAACUUUUAGAAUGGUUCAGUGAAGGCUGGAGCUAGAUCUAGACAAUCUGCUUUUCAAGUAAUUCUAGAGACGGGCAGAAACAUGUACGAUGUGCUUGCAGCUAUAAUUAAUAUUUGCUGAUUACUUUAGCUGCAAGCAACAAAAUGCAGAAACAUUAAAAGGAAAGCUUCCCGUAUAAUGCUUGGAAUAUAGAGGAUUAUGGCAUUUGGUUUGGACAUUUAAAAAAAGCACUCUGUUUUCUCUAAUUCUACCAAGCCAAACAGUGGUGCUUUCAAAUCACUUAUUGCAGUAACAUAUAUGUAUAUAGUGGAUAUCCUUAUCUGGCAGCUUGCACUUUGUUUGAUCUUAGCAAUUUUGAUAACCAUUCAGUAUUUUGUGAAUUACCUCUAAAACUAUUUACAUGAAAUAAUAUAAUGGCAGCAAACACUAGUUAGACAUGCACGUUUACAGUUGACAAGAUUUGCAAAAGCGGUAUAUGUAGACGUUUUAUUAUUGUAGGAACACAAGACCCGUUGCAUAAUGAAACCAAGGUAAGUGCCUUCUGAAGUUCUGAAAAAACUGUUAUUUUACCUCAAAGGAGCACUAUAUAGUCUCCAGAACAACUAAAGCUUAAUGUACUUGUUCUGAUAGUAUAGUCAGUCACUGUAGGCUUUUUGCUGUGAACUCUGCCUUUUCAGGGAAAUGGCAAUAUUUACUUUGCUACCUACGGACACCUCUAGUGCUGCUCCUCAGACAGCUACUAGAGGUGCUUCCUUGGCAUGGAGACGCUAUACUUUCCCCAUAGAGAUGCAUUGAAUAAAUGCAUAUUUAGGAGGAGAUGCUGACUGGCCAGGCCAAUGUUUGGCCCUGCCCCACCUCCGUGACAAUCUUUCCUUAUCAGAAAGCAUUGGAUUGGCUGAGAUAAUCAGUUCUGGUGGUGUCAGCCAAGGAGGUGGAUCGGAGUCAGGGCCAGUACCGGCGGACCUGCGCGACCCUAUAAAUAAGGUAAGUGUUCUUACAUUUUAAGGGAGGGAAGGGGGGGACAUGCCACCUAAAUGGUGGUUUUAACACUGGUAUUUUUUUUUUAUUUUUUUAAUACACGUUGUGUUACUGACCCUAUAGUGUUACUUUAAAAUGUCUAUAAAUGAUUGUGCAUCUUCAGAAUAGAUUGUUUAGUGGUGAUAGGUCUCGUGAAAUUCACAGUAAUAUUCUCUAGAGAAAUUCAUUUUCACCUACCAAGUAUCAGACAAAAUCUAAACAUGUAAUUUCAGCCAUGGAUUUAAUUUUACAAAAAAAACAUUGUGGGCUUAUCCAAAGCAUGCAUUAUUUAACAGUGGCGCUGUUGGAGCCUGACCUGAAACGACCAGAGUAUGUGUAUGUGUGGGUAUGUAUGUAUAUAUAUAUAUAUGUGUGUGUGUGUGUGUGUGUGUGUAUAUAUGUGUAUGUAUAUAUAUAUAUAUAUAUAUAUAUAUAUUACACAAACAUGAAUUAAAUAUUUUUAAAAUCUCUUUCAAUGCUAUUUAAAAUCACCUGUCUUGCAUACUAAAUAUGGAGAUUUAUUCAAAUCAUAUAGGCUAACACUAAAUUUUGCCGGAGCACCUCAGUAUUGGUGUAUUACUACUAUUACUAACAUAUGUGUUUACAUUUCAGCUUGGUAUACAUAUAUGUUGCUAUCUGCUACAAUUUAAAGGGACACUAUAGUUACUAGAAUAACUGCAACUUAUUGUAGUUGUUCUGGUGUCUAUAGGUGUUCCUGCAGGCAUUUUGCUGUAAACACUGCCUUUUCAGAGAAAAAGCAGUGUUUGCAUUACUGCCUAGGGACACCUCUAGUGGCUACUCCUCAGAUGACCUCUAGAGAUGCUUCCUGGGUCAGUGCUGCACAGUGUGCAGCACUGACAUUCAUCAUCUCCACGGUCUGCAUGGAGACGCAUAACUUUCCACAUAGAGAUGCAUUACAUUGAAGUGUCUCUGAGUAGAUGCUAAUUGGCCAGUGCAGCCUUUGGCUUUGCCCCCAGCCCCACCUCGUUGGCUGAGAUAAUCAGAAAGGAUGACUUCAGCAAAUCCAAUGCUUUCCUAUCUGUCUUGAUUAUGUCGAUCAGAGUCUUUUCACAGGAAACCUUUAAUCUUACAUCAUUCAUGCAUCUUCUAUGAUUCAUAUUGUGAUUUCUGCUCCAAUAUAAUGUUUCACAUUGGUAUAUUUACUUGUUUUAUUUUAUUUAUUCAUUUGAGUGCUAGUUGAAUAAAAACGUCUAGAACCAAGAUGAAAACUAUGGAAGAUAAUUUCCUGGUUAAAUACUUUGAUAACAUUAUUUAUUUAAUAAAAGUACUCUCUCUUCUGUAGGUGAAUAUAUUUUUUCCUUGGAAGGCCUCCAAUACACAACGUUCUGCGGUGCAAUAAGUGAGAAGUUUUGUGAUCUCUACUGGGAUGACCAGCUGCUUGAAAACCUCUUCCAAGUCGUAAAUGGAAAAUCUCCCCCAUCUUUCAAGUACUAAGACAUCUUCCAUUCUAAUUAAUUUUAUUGCAUUACUUAUAAAUUCUACUUUACUGUAACAUAUGUAACAUAUAGUAUAUAUGCAUCCAAAAUUCAAAUAAAAUGUUUGCAUAAAAGUACCAGGUCAUAUGUAACCAGCAUAAUUUUUGUUAGGAGUUGCAGUCACCAUUCAAAUUAAUGUAAUAUUACUGCACGAGGCUUUGCUUUCUACAUAUGUCAAAUAUUCUUAUAGGGUGCACCUGGACAGUUGCUAAUUAAUGCAAAUAUCCAGUUGGUCAAUUGUGUGGUUACAGGCUUUGAAUAAAAGUAUGUAGACAUGGUCAAGAGGUUCAGUUCAAACCAAAUGUCAGAAUGGGGAAGAUAUUGUCUUUGCCUGCAGAAUAUUAUUUGGUUCCAAGAAUCCAGGCUUUUCUGUUGGCAAAAGAGACCUUACACAGUAUCUAUGGAUGUACACCCAUCCAUAGACAUGCAAGUCUGUCUAAGUCGAUGUCUAAAAUAGUGGUGGAAAGCCCAAGACCAUUAAAACAGCAAGCAUGGGAAUUCUGGAGAAAAAUCGUGAUCUCACCCAUUGUACAAGUAGUUCCACAUGGCAGGCAAUGUGAAUUGGUGUACAAGUAGUUCCACAUGGCAGGCAAUGUGAAUUGGUGUACUGACAUUGAGCUUGGUAGAGACAGUGUGAUUUAAAGCAUCUUUAUGUAUUGGUUGUCUUCUAAACUAGUAAAUCUUAAUGAAUACCGAGAUGAUGAAUUUUGAAUUCCUACAUCUGAAUAAUCUCUGGGUAGGGUCAAGUUAAAACAUAGUAAAUCCGUCACUAUCUCAGAAUUCAACAGGACAAACUGAAGAUCAUUUAUACCUUGACAUUGUUCUUUAUUAUAUUUUUUUUUUUUUCCAUUUUAAUUUUAAUGCUUAAUUAUUUAGGGCCUAGUAGUGCUAUAUUAAACUAGAUUCCUUUCUAAUCAAUUAAUCUUUGUUUUUGUUUUUUUAAGAGCAGCUAUUCUUUUGUUUUGGAAUUAUUUUCCUCGAUCUUCGUACUCUGUUGCAUAAUAACAAAACUUGAUUAUUUUUUUUGAUUAUUUUUUUUUUUUUUCAGAACAAAUCCAAAGGAUCAUUGUGCUCCUACCCAGAUAUUAAAAAGAGUGCACAGAAGGUCACGGAAAUCUAGAAAGCUUGAGCAGCUUUCUACCCUUGAAGAAAUGGACAUAUCCAAUAAUUCAAAUGAAGUUUUGACUCCACAAAAAGAAAUGUCACCCGUAUCCCAGAGACGCCCUUUGAUCUUCAAUUCAGGUACAGUCUUAAAAACGUAUCUAAUAGAAGACCACCCAAGUGCAGCAAAAUAUAUAAAAUAAGGUAAAAAAUUACUUCCCUUAAAAGGUCUAGGUUGUAACAAGUUCCUCAGAGCUUCAAAAAAUGCAUACAAGAUAUAAGAUACACCUAGAUGAAAAUAACAAGAAGGGAAACAAUCAUAGGGAAACACCGUUUAGUAGAUGGUACCCUAAGGUGAUAUUGCACUCACGAAAUUGUGAUGAAAAUCAAGCCCAUCUAGAUUUUCUUUGAUCUUGUCAAGAAGUCUUGUGAGGAGAUGGUUAAUGCCUCAAAAUGAAGAAAAACCGAACAUAGUAUAGAAUUGUAUGGUAAAAAAUAAUUACAUUUUAUUGGAAGCACUUACACAAGUUGUAGAUAAAAACGCCCAUCAAGUAAAUGUCUCCUUUGUAAGAUGGUAAUCCGAGGUUGCAAAUACAGAGAUGGCAGAUCAAAUAAAAUAAAAUCAAAACAGCUCUACGCGUUUCGUCUAAAAGACUUAGACUUCCUCAGGAGCAAUAAAAACAAUCAUAUAAACUACAAAUGUACUGAGUCCAUCAAUGUUGCUCUUAUCUUCUGUUCGGUCUUCUUUAUAAAUCUCUUUUGCCGGGUUCUCAUCCACGCCGUCCAAUCUGUGCACUUAGUAGCAGCUGAUUGCAAUAAACAGAAGUCCCAUUCCAUAUAUGGACUUCCGUAAUUCACUUCGUGGAGCGCAUCUGCGUUCCACCUAGCCGGAAGGGGAAAGAUCUCUUCUAUCAACGUCAUCAUUUGGAACGCACGUGCGUUCCAAAUUGGCCGCUAAGCCAUUAUCUCCACUAAAAAUAGUUCGUACUUGUAAGAGAGAUGAUAUAACGGAGAAAUAGAGUUAUAUAUACAGAACAUACAUAAUAUAUAUAUAUAUACACAUAAAGCUAGUGCAAAAAAGGGGAGAGAGAAAGAAAAAGUAAUAUGCCCAAAGGGAAGGAUCUUGGAUACAUCUAUAAAUGAAUAAACAUGGAUGAAAAAACAUGGAUGAAAAAAUAAAUAAGAAAAUGAGUAGAAAAAUAUAAAUUUAAAGGAUAUUGAUAAUAAUGAAAAUAAAUAUAAAAAUAAAAAUAAUAAUAAUAAUAAUAAAUAAUAAUAAUAAAUGAUAAAUAUAAAUAAUAAUAAAAAUAAAAAUAAAAUUAAAAAUAAAAUAGAAUAAAAAUCAAAAUCAAAAAUCAAAAAUAAAUAAUAAAUAAUAAAAAAAAAAAAUAGAAAAUAAAAAUAAAAAAUGUAUAUAUUAUUAAAGAAAACAAACAAAAUCAAAAUCCACAUUCAACCCAUAAGGUUGAAGGGUUUUGAGUUUGUGGAUCCAAAAUCCUUCCCUCUGUCUUAAUUUUAGAAUAAUAUCUCCACCUCUUGCGUCAAGUGUUACUUGUUCAAUAAUCACCCAAGAGAAAACAUGAGAAGAGAAAAGGGGACACUGAUUGCAAUGAACAGGAACAGAAUGAUCCAUCUUUUUGUGUCUAAUAUUGUUUAGAUGUUCCAAGAAACGCAAUUUGGCUUUUCUUCCUGUUCUCCCCACAUAUUGGACACCACACCCACAUGUGAGGAGGUAUACAACAUGUGAGGAAGAACAGGUCACCCGACUUUGGAUCUGAAAAAUUUCUUGGGUUAUAAAGCUCUUAAAAGAACAAGUAUAAGGGGGUAAGCCUUUACAUGCUUUGCAGACGCCACAGGUAUAAAACCCUUUUUUCACCUUCAGUUCCUGUUGUUCCCCACUUCGAAAAUGGCUAGGUGCUAAGUAAGAUGAAAAACUCCUCCCUUUCCUAUAUACUAUCUGAGGGUAUAAGGGUAAUUUGGAGCCUAUAAAUUGGUCAUGUCUUAAAAUCUCCCAAUGUUUUUUAAAAAUUUUAUUGGUUGCAAAAGCUUUGGAAUUAUAAUUAGUAUGAAAUGAGAAUUCAAAUUUCCUAUUCGAGUUCUCAGUGCGUUUGAUCUUAUCAAUUAAAAGAUCACCUCUUUGAGUAUUCGUUAUUUUCUCUAUUUCUCUAUCCAAAACCUCCCUGUUAUAACCUUUCUCGGUAAAUUUCCUAGUCAGAAUAUUUGCUUGUUCUAAAAAAACUUCUUUAUUGGAACAAUUUCUCCGAAGUCGGGUAUAUUGACUUCUGGGUACUCCCGACAACCAUCUUGGGUGGUGUCCGCUUGAUGAUUCGAUAUAAUUAUUAGUGUCUGUGGGUUUGAAGUAUGUUUUUUGGUUUGAAUGUGACCUUCUUGUAUAAAUAUGGUCAGAUCUAGAAAAUCUAUGGUGGUAGAAUUAUACAUAGGAGAAAAAACAAGUGAAAAAGUUCCCAGAACAUAAUCCAUUCGGGGCAGAUCUGGUGCUCUGGCGUCGUUAUAUUGACGAUAUCCUUGUGAUAUGGAAGGGGUCUGAGGAACGUUUAUUAAAUUUUUUUAAAUAUCUCAACGAUAAUACUUUUUCACUUGUUUUUUCUCCUAUGUAUAAUUCUACCACCAUACAGUCUUAAAAACCACAGAAAUUGUACUGUUUGAUUUUGCAAACUGUAUAAAUCGAUCAGUGUGAUCUAACCAGCCAGUGUCUUUCUAUCAGAAGAUUCCACUACAUCUCCCGUAUUGCUCUUAAAACCCUAAUGCUGGCAAAGCAUCAGGGGAGAUGCCUCACCCUGUUGCCUAAUACAUUUCUUUAUUUAUUAUUAUGAUCAAAUGUUCAUUAUAAAUAGACCAAUCGACUGAGUAAUAUACACUUAAUAUCUAUUAUUAGUUUCACCAACUUAUUAUAGAGCAGGUGCUCUUAUACACGCAGUAGAAUUUAAAUUUUGUAUUGAAAGGCACAAACCAGAGAAUCAUUUUCAUAAUUGUUUUUUCCUCCAACACUACAUAAUGUAGCUUGAGGUUUCACUAAUUUUGUGGCAUUUUAUGUUCCUGAAAAAAGCACAGCAUGAACUAUCCUACACAUGAUCUUUCUUUUUCCCUUUUUAAAGGCACUGAGAUACAGGUGGUGGUUGACACUAGCAGACGUGCUUCAUUUGAUGAGGUGGACAUGACUGAUAUUGUGCCAGAGACGACCGAAAAGGAUCAGCAAUCACAAUCUCCCAAUGUGACAAGACCUUUUGAAGAGAACAGCAGGCACAGAGAGCUCUCAGUUUGUAACCAUUACUGCCUCAGUCCAGAUUUUACAGAGGAGCAUGAAGAUAACCUCGAUGACUCCAUAGUGAGGCAUCGAGACAGCAGCCAAGCUAUGUCCAUCAGCCCUGAUGAGCUCUACAAAUGUAGCACAGGCUGGGCAAGUGCUUUCUACGGUGCCAAGCUAUUUGAUUCAGAAGUACAUCAGUAUGUUAACUUUCUUGGAAGACAAAAAGAUAAAUACUCAGAAACCAUAGAGGCCAAAAGGCUGGUAAGUAUUUAACUUUUAUGUUAACUUCUAUAACUUUCUUGUGUCUGAUUGUUGAGGCCGUUAAUUUUGUAAUUUAUGAGCCCAUCAUAGGUGUACGGGUUGUUGUUGUCCUCAAACAUUUCACUUGCAGUCUUUUUUCUUUUGUGUUGUGCAAUAUGUUGGUGCUAUAUAAAUAAUUGUAAUUGUUUAGAGCGCUGAUGGAAAUCGUUGACACCCCAGAUUUGCCUAUAAAUGCUGGUUGUGCACGAUAGGCAAUGUAGAUCAGAAACACCGUUAUUUCAGAGCAAGAGAUGUUGAAAUUAAGUUAUUCAUUAUUUCAACUUUUACCAACACAAAAAUAAAAUAUUUUUUUAAAGCAGAACGUAUUCUGUUGGAUGCAUUUUGUCACUUUUCAUUUGCCAACUUUAGCACCAGUAUUUGCUCAAAAUAUGUAGUAACGUUAUGGGUCAUUUUGUGUUUUUCUCGUUUUGUGUUUUUCUCGUUUUGUGUUUUUCUCGUUUUGUGUUUUUCUCGUUUUGUGUUUUUCUCAUUUUGUGUUUUUCUCAUUUUGUGUUUUUCUCAUUUUGUGUUUUUCUCAUUUUGUGUUUUUCUCAUUUUGUGUUUUUCUCAUUUUUUUUUUUUUUUUACACAUGACACUUACAGGGCCAAAUUAAAGUAACACUUUAUCUCAACUAAAUGCCAUCCCAUUAACCCUGCAGUGGAAAACAUUGCUGCUUUGCUGUAAUGGCAAACAUUGCAAGGGUCAACCUGCCUCUAGUGACUGCCAGAAUGACAACUAGAGGCUCUGUCAUAAAAUAGAGGAGUAAAAAUCUGUUUUAGUCAUAUGGUCUCAGAAACACCAUCUGAUUGGCUCAGCACUGUGUUUUACAUCACUAGCAUUGGAUUGGCUGAGAUCAUCGAUAUAGAUUAUCUCAACCAAAGAGGCGGAAUUUGAGCACGGAGACAUGGCACAGUGUGGGAAAAAAAGGUGUUUUUUAUAUAUAUAUAUAUAUAUUUUUUUAUUUUUUUUAUUUAUGUUUUAUUUAACACUGGCAGCGCUGGUCUCAUCACAUAAACGGUGACUAGGGCACUAUAGCAUUAGGAAAGCAUAUUUGUAUUCCUAAUGCUAUAGUAUUCCUUUAACCCCUUAAGGACAUAUGACAUGUCAUGAUUCCCUUUUAUUUCAGAAGCUUAAGGGGUUAAGACUUGCCAUUCCAGUAUUCUUGUAAUAUUGAUAUACAGGUUAUAGAUCUCAUUUAGGAGCAUUGUUUAGCUCACAAAUUAUAAUUAUACCACAGGUGCAUUUGUAAAAGAAGACACCAUGAGGUGUUGGAAUUGGUUUUCUUUAAGCCUUCUCAAGUGGCUGUUUUUCCCUAAUUUUAUUCAGUCUUUGUGGUAUUAAGAUGAUGAAGCCAAGGUAACUUGGAGUGCUGUGGCCAGCUAAUAAGUCAGCCUUGGGGUCCGUUAAACGUCCCCCAUGCCUGCAGGGAAUACUCUUUUUAAUGUCAUGACGUUCGAUGCCUUCAUUGGAUUUUAAAGGGUUAAAUACAGGAAUCCAUUCAGCUUUGCAUAUUGACCCUGUUUUAUCAUUAAUGCUUUUAGCUUUUGUCAGUGUUCAUUUCCAUACAUUAAAGGGAUGAUAACUGCUAUUAAAGAAACAUUCCAAGCCCUAUAACAACUACAGUCCGUGUUAGUGGUUAUGGUGCCAAUCAAUCAAACCGUUUUAGUGCUAUUUGACAACUUACAAGCUAAGAGUUAAGCAAUGCUGAUGCAGUCAGCAGGGGCGUUCUGUCGGACUCUUCUUUGCUCAGUAGAGCUAACAGGAUCUUUCUGCUGGUGAAGAGGAAGAGUCAUUCAGACUUCAAUUAAGAAAAAGGACAAAUUGGUCAUUUGUUACAUGUGAGUUUACAAAGGAAGAGGUACCAUUUCAACUGUCAAAAGAAAAGACAAAUAAGUUAAUGGGACCUGAUGGAAUACACCCAAAAUUUAUUAUUUAGAGCUUAGUGGUGUACUAGCAAAACCCUAACGGAUUUAUUUAACCAAUCAUUAACAGGAGUCUGUAAGCUCGUUUGAGCAGGGUCCUCUUCAACCUAUUGUUCCUGUGAGUUUUCUUGUAAUUGUCCUAUUUAUUGUUACACCCCCCCUCUCAAAAUAUUGUAAAACGCUACGGAAUUUGUUGGCGCUAUAUAAAUGGCAAUAAUAAUAAUAAUUAAUAAUAACAGGAGGAGUCCCAGAAGAUUGGAAAUUAGCGAAUGUUGUGUCCAUUCACAAGAAAGGUAGUAGGGAGGAGUCGGGCAACUAUAGACAAUUAGGCCUUACUUCAGUAGUGGGGAAAGUAAUGGAAACCAUAUUAAAGGAUAGGAUUGUUGAACAUCUAAAAUCACAUGGAUUUCAAGAUCAGAGACAACAUGAGUUUACUUCAGGGAGAUCAUGCCAAACUAAUCUUAUUGAUUUUUUUGAUUGGGUAACUAAAAUAAUAGAUCAUGUUGGUGCAGAAGACAUUGCCUACCUAGAUUUCAGUAAGUUUUUUGACACUGUUCCACAUAGAAGGCUUAUCAAUAAACUGCAAUCUUUAAGUUUGUAUUCCAAUAUUGUUAAAUGGGUAAGGCAGUGGCUGAGUGACAGGCAACAGAGGGUUGUUGUCAAUGGAGUUUAUUCGACGCAAGUUCUAGUUACCAGUGGGGUACCUGUACUUGGACCCAUUCUCUUUAAUAUUUUUAUUAGUGAUAUUGUAGAAGGUCUUGAUGAUACGUCUUUUUGCUGAUGAUACUAAGAUAUGUAACAGGGUUGAUGUUACAGGAGGGAUAAGCCAAAUGGAAAAUGAUUUAGGUAAACUAGAAAAAUGGUCAGAGCUGUGGCAACUGACACUUAAUAUGGAUAAGUGCAAGAUUAUGCACCUUGGAUGUAAAAACCCAAGGGCAGAGUAUAUGAUAUUUGAUACCCUACUAACCUCAACAUCUGAGGAAAGCGAUCUAGGAGUAAUUAUUUCAGAUGACUUAAAGGUAGGAAGACAAUGUACUAGAGCAGCUGACAAUGCUAGCAGAAUGCUUGGUUGUAUAGGGAGAGGUAUUAUCAGUAUAAAGAGAGAAGUGCUCAUGCCAUUGUACAGAACACCGGUGAGACCUCACUUUGAGUAUUGUACACAGUACUGGAGACCGUAUCUUCAGAAGGAUAUUGAUACUUUAGAGACAGUUCAGAGAAGGGCUACUAAACUGGUUCAUGGAUUGCAGGAUACAACUUACAAGGAAAGGUUAAAGGAGCUUAACAUGUAUAGCUUGGAGGAAAGACGAGACGGGGGGAUAUGAUAGAAACAUUUAAAUACAUAAAGGGAAUCAACACAGUAAAGGAGGAAACUAUAUAUUUAAAAGAAGAAAAACUACCACAACAAGAGGACAUAGUCUUAAAUUAGAUGGGCAAAGGUAUAAAAAUAUCAGGAAGUAUUACUUUACUAAGAGGGUAGUGGAUGCAUGGAAUAGCCUUCCAGCUGAAGUGGUAGAGGUUAACACAGUGAGGGAGUUUAAGCAUGUGUGGGAUAGGCCUAAGGCUAUCCUAGACUUAAGCUAAGGCCAGGGACUAUUUAAAUGUAUGUCGAAAUAUUGGGCAGACUAGAUGGGCCGAAUGGUUCUUAUCUGCCAUCACAUUCUAUGUUUCUAUGAAAACUGGAAGCCCAGGCUGCAGCCACAGACACCUAGCUGGACCGAGCUAUCUUGUCACACCAUACUAAAACUGUUUGACUGCUUACUGUUGGACCGUGUAGUGGCUCUUUUGACAUCAUAACCACCAGAGCAGGUAGUAAUGGCUAUAGUGCUAGGAGUGUCCCUUUAAAAUAUAACCUAUGUUAUAGUAUAGAUUAAUAUCAGCAAAGUUAUAAUGUCCAUAGACGUAUAUAUUAGUCUUUUUAUUCUCUGCUCAACUUUUUUUUUAAUGCCAAUUGCGAUGACCUUUGCAACUUUACAACAUGGCUUAUUUUACUAUCAAAUGCCACAAAUCAAAGGUUAAUUUGUAAUGAUGGUUUUACGCCAAGUAUUUCUUAAAGGACCACUAUAGGCACCCAGACCACUUCAGCUUAAUGAAAUGGUCUGGGUGCCAGGUCCAGCUAGGUUUAACCCUUUUUUCUAUAAACAUAGCAGUUUCAGAGAAACUGCUAUGUUUAUAUAUGGGUUAAUCCAGCCCCUAGAGGCGCUUCCGCACUUCUCACUGUGAUUUUCACAGUGAGAAGACGCCAGCGUCCAAAGGAAAGCAUUGAGAAUGCUUUCCAAUGGACUGGCUGAAUGCGCGCCCAGCUCCUGCCGCGCAUGUGCAUUCAGCCGAGGAGGAGGAGAGGGGGAAGAGAGUCCCCCGCCCUGCGCUGGAGAAAGACGGUAGGGGGACCCUGAGGGUGGGGGCACUCUCAGGGCACUAUAGUGCCAGGAAAACAAGUGUUUUCCUGGCACUAUAGUGGUCCUUUAAUAACGAGACAAAUAUAUUGAAACCUUGCACAGUCCCCUGGCAGUUAUGUCUCAUUUGCCUUUUUAACAAGACAACCUUCCUCUGAAACCCACUGGAUUAAAGGACCACUAUAGUGCCAGGAAAACAUAUUCGUUUUCCUGGCACUAUAGUGCCCUGAGGGUGCCCCCACCCUCAGGGACCCCCUCCCGCCCGGCUCUGGAAAGGGGAAAGGGUUAAAAACUUACCUUUUUCCAGCGCUGGGCGGGGAGCUCUCUGCUUCCUCUCCUCCUCCGUUCCUCCUCCUGGGCUGAAUGCGCACGCGCGGCAAGAGCUGCGCGCGCAUUCAGCCCGUCGCAUAGGAAAGCAUUUACAGUGCUUUCCUAUGGACGCUUGCGUGCUCUCACUGUGAAAAUCACAGUGAGAAGCACGCAAGCGCUUCUAGUGGCUGUCAAUGAGACAGCCACUAGAGGAUUAGGGGGAAGGCUUAACCCAUUUAUAAACAUAGCAGUUUCUCUGAAACUGCUAUGUUUAUGAAAAAAUGGGUUAACCCUAGCUGGACCUGGCACCCAGACCACUUCAUUAAGCUGAAGUGGUCUGGGUGCCUAGAGUGGUCCUUUAAAAAGGAUGUGAAAAAAGAUUCAUCAAAUGAUUGGUGUAUGGGUGAAAAUCUGCAAAUGCUAAUUACAUUGCAUACACAAUUUCAAAAUACACAUAUCAUGGCAAAAGUAUUAUCCUAUCCAUCUGGCGAUAUCUAUACAUAGAUAAUCUAACAGUCUUUAAGUGGCUGUCUAUGGACGCUGCCAUGGCAGCAUCCCUCUGAUUGUAAUCCACUUAUUUUCAAAAUGUUUCACACUUACCUGGGUGCCUUUGGUCUGGCGUCUUCUUCUGAGAUCAUGAAUGCAGCCAUUCCUACUUCCACAUCAGUGAUGAUAUUGCUUUUUUUAUGUAAAUGUUUUUAUUUUGUUCAAAUUCUUUUUAUUAACCGUUUUUUAUUGAACAAUACAAUAUUGGAAUAAAAAAGAAACUUAACAGUUAUUAUAUGAGGUAACAAGAAGGGGGGAAAAAACCUAAUUUAAAGAGGGGGUGGGGGUGGAGGUGUGUACGUGGGUUAAAAGUACGUGGGUUCUCGGAGGAGAUACCAAACGCGGAGCUCCCACAUCUCAUGAGAAGACUAGUGGAGUCCCUCCUGCACCCCAAACAGGCAAAAAGCCUUGCCUUUGAGGGAGUGUUUCGGAUCCCGAAGCCAAGGAGAGCCCCCGAAAAGGAUACCCGAGACGUAGUAGUCCGGUUCCACAGCCUCAGGGACAAAGUGUUGGUGAAAACCGCUUUGAAAGGGGCUUUAACCCACGUUUUUGAAAAUAUGGAACUCUCAUUCUACGCGGACCUCAGAGGGGACACUAUGCAGUGGAGGAGGUCCCUACGAGCCUUCUAAGAGCCCACGACAUUCUGUACAGAUGGCGAUCACCGAGAAUACUCCAAGUAUUAAAAGGAGAUGCAACCUACCCGGUGCAGACCUUACAACAAGCGGCUGGAAUACUGGAAGCCCUGGGCCUACCAAGAGAGUCUCUCUCAUUGCCCACAACAAAGGGGACUUCCACGGGACGGCAACCAUGAGAUAUGAAAAGGGCUGCACCGUCCAAACCAUCACAGGCACGCUCCAUUGCCCCGGCACUGGCCCCUACCUGAAGCACAGGGCUAGCUCCCUGGAUGUCGGAACGCUAUCCUCUAACGGUUAGGACUCCACCGGGACUUUGAGUUGAAUGGUGCCAGGCACCCUACAGUUUACCAGUUUUGGUUCUAUGAUUUUGUUCAUGAUUGUUUAUGUUGCUCAGACAAACCUGCAAAGCUAAGAUAUGAUUCUCCCUUCUGCUCACUGACCAAGCGGUGAUGGCCUGUAGACACAGCGGCUCUGAUCUCCCCCUCCCUCCCCCUCCUCCGCCUCUGUCCCCUUGUAACAACCAGGGGAAUGACAGAGGUGAAAUUAGCCUUUGGGGCCAAGGGCCUGUUUCACUGUGAAUCAACUUGGCCACUUAGACCCGAUCACAGGCCGUGGCCCUAACAUAUCGCCCCAGCGCCUAGCCCCCAGCGUGCUACACAUAAAUUUACCUGUCAGUCCCCAUUAUGUGACACCCACUGCGUCAAACACUACAUACUAAUUGGUCUACUGACCCUCUGGCAGGGGCAUACACGCAGAAGGCAAUACACCCCACGCAUGGAGAUACUUACCUAGCAAACAGGGUACACUCAGGUCAUGGACCAUGCACGCGAUGGAACACCUACACUAGACUAAUGCGAUUAAUUUAAACACAUAAAACCCCUCAGCUCACCAGUCAGCAUAUUACAAGAUGUUAUUUAGACAACGAUGUGUACAACUGGAUAUUCUCUAUAUGUAAAUGUUGUUAUGCAUUAUAUGACAUGCCUACUCCACAGAGAAGGGCUGAGAAUAAUAUGCAUAAUAUGCCUCCAUCCACUCAGAUCUGCUGUGCACGAGCAUCCUGUGAUUCAGUAUCUCCUCCCACUGCAUGCAGACACUGAACUUUCCUCAUAGAGAUUCAUUGAUUCAAUUCAUCUCUAUGAGGAGAUGCUGAUUGGCCAGGGCUGUGUUUGAAUCAUGCUGGCUCUGCCCCUAAUCUGCCUCCUUGUCAGUCUCAGCCAAUCCUAUGGGGAAGCACUGUGAUUGGAUCAGGCUAUCACAUGUCAGCACACUGCUUGUUUUUCCUGAGUCUCCGCAUGCAGAUUUACAGCUUCUGGCUUAAAUACAGUAAGAUUUUUACUAUAUUUAUGGAGGCAUGAGGGACUAAGGGGUACUAUAUGGUCGUGUUAACACUAUAGGGUUAGGACUAUAGUGUCCCUUUAAGAGUUACAGUUAAGGCUCUCAACUAAUAAAUUACAGUACAUCUAAAUAUGGGUGGAACUGAUAUACCUAAUACAGAAAGGGAACAAUGUCAUAGUAAAACACUUUUUGCAGGAUUCUUGCAUUUAUAUUAAAUGUGACAUAGUGCUUUAACACCAACACUGUCAUCUGACUCAAUUAUAAAAUUAAAACUUUGUUUCCAUUAUAGGAACUUGAACAGCAGCUUAUGAUUGAAACUAAAAAUUAUCGGAAAACCAUUAAGUUAUACCAAAACUCGUUGCUUAAAGGGAAGAAAAAUAAAGGUGAGUAUAUGAUUAAUACCAGAACCCAAUACCAAUAUAUUUGAAGCACAGUUAAUGCAGAUUUUCAUUAGCCAAACUUUUUUUUUUUUUUUUCCUUUAGAAGAGAGAAUGACAUUAUUAAUGUACAACUUAGCUGCCUUACACCCUAUUUUGUUUCACCUUCCUAGUGAGAUAUGGUAUUAACCCAAACCCCUUUAUUUUCCAUACCUGCUUCCCCAAUGAUUUUGGGUAAUUGAACCUUGCAAGUGAUGUCUAAUUCAUCUAGUUCAUGUGAGAUCAUUGCUUGCGUUAACUAAAGGAGUGGUGUUCCCUGUGUGAUUGUGACAAAGAUUUGUUCGUAUAAAUGCUCUUCUUACGGUUUGUUUAACGUAUACAUACAAUGUUUUUGUAUGUUUAAAUUGAGGUAUGUUGCCGUAUUCUGCUUGUAUUACUUGUGGGUGCUGCAGUUACUAUGCAGCGUUGUAUUUUUGCCUAUGUGGGCUGUGAUAUUGUAUAGAAUACAUUCAUGAGUAGUUUUUGGCAUUGUGUAUGGUUGUGUAUGAUACCUAUCCAUGUGGGCUGCUUGUGGAAUUGUGUGUGUGGAUGAUAUGUGUAUAUGUGUGGAUAAUCCGUAGUGUUGUGUUUGUGUGUGGACUGUUUCUAUUAUUUGUAAAAGUGGGAGGCUUAUUAUGCAGUUGUGUGUUUUUCUAGUGUGGGUGACUUACCUGGGACCCAGUAGGGAACAGACUGGCCAGGUACAGGUCAAGGGCAGGAACUGAAAUAGCUGUUUUGUUCACCAAUGCUGCAAUGCGAAAAAUUAAGGAUUGGCCUUCACCCCCUGCAAUCCCCACUUGCACAAAGGUCUCCUUAAAGGCCCUGCCUGUUUGGCUCUGGUAGCCUUGAGUGCCAUACAUGGCACACCUGCCGAAGGUUGUUGACCCCUGUAAUAGUUUCUAUUCUGACUCCUUUUUUUUUUUUUUUAAGGUUCGGACGUUAAAGAAUUGCUACCCAAGCUAAAAGGGCAUUUGGAGGAAAUGAAAACAAAGGUGCAGUUUCUUGAAUUGUGUAGAAAGUUACUUCAGGUAAGCAGUCGGAUAUUAUUUAGUUUGGAUGUUUGGCAGACAAUCUUAAGAGUUUCAUUUUUGUGAUUAUGAAAAGUGAAAUUGAAGGUUAUCUUAUCAGCUGGAAUAACUUUUCCCUGAGGAUUACAUGGAAUGCACUCCACAACUGUAGUGCCAAUAUUUGCCAUCACCAAAUCCUUUGACCUAACCUUAUAAAUGUUUAGCGAUGACAAGACUGAGGACUAUAGCCAAUGACACUGAAAACAAGUGUAAUAGAUGGUUAAGAAAAUCAAUAGACUGAAAUAGUAAACUGGUAAGGAUUUGGAGAUAUGGUUAAGGUACAUCGGCAUAUUCUACACAUCUUGUAUAACUAAUGAAGUUACAUGUCCCAUAAAUCUCUGCUGAGUAGGGGUAAUGGAAUAUGUCUGCAUCCUCCUUAGCGAUGCAGAAAUCACCGCAGCAGCUGCAAAGCCAGGGGUGUAUUUAUUUUGCGUUUUAUUAUACAUUAUCCAUAUGGUUUAUUAACAAAAGGGGUUGAUCCCCAGCUUAAAUGCGGUUUUCAUUUCUUACAUUAGGUAUUCUUUUGAUGGCUUGUAUUUAUAUAGUAUAUAAAUAGAUGUACACUCUAGAGGUUGAAGUUCCCAUCUUUUUUUAUUCUAUUCAUUAUACAGAUAACAAUUUACAUUACAACACUUUCCUCUUUGUAUUUCUCCAGCAUAAGGCAAACCGCCACAUGCUUUAAAAUGCGUUUUUUUUUCCUUUUUAUGUAUUAUAGUCUUUAGAGUUGUGUGUGUUUUUGAUUUCUCCAUAAUCUUUUGCUCCAUCUUUUCCUCUGUUGCUUAAAACUAUAACCUACAAGCUUAAAAUUGACCUAGAUAAUGAAAUCUUGGACUGUUUUCAUGGGGGAAUUACAAUUGUGUAUCAGAAGUAUAUAUGCCUGCUCAGAUUUCAUCACAGGCUGUGAUGGUCAUUCACUGGUGAUGUUUUAUUCACCAGUCUAAUAAAUGUGUACACGAGUAGCUAUACAUUAUAUUUGCAUUUUUUUAUGUCAUUACAUUUAAAAUAUACCCUUUUCACCUGUAUGGAAUUGUCCAUAUUGUUUCUAUAAACAACCUAUAGCUUAUUCUUUAUAUUCGCUUAUUUCUGCUUGCAGGUGUCUUAUGCAGAACAGUGGGGAGUUGAACCACAUGUGCUUCCUACAGUCGCAGAAUGUUCAAGCCAAGAAAAAGACCGGGGUCCUGAUGAAGAUACCACCUUUAUGCUGAUUUAUAAUCAAAGAGGGAAAACAAGUCACAACAACACAUCAAAAAGUUUACAGUCUGGUACCCCACUUGGACUGAUGGUGCAUCUCUACUCCUGGUAUGUUCAGUUUCACUGCAGUAAUGUUUCUUCAGCACCGCUAGGAAAAAUUAUUCCAACCAAAUUACCCACGUACUAACUUUCUAUCUAGCAAGUACAAAUAACUGCAGCUGUCUAAAACCAAAUACCAACUAUGACACUCUGCUGUCUAAAUCCAAAUACAAAAUGCUGCCUGUGCCCUGACUCACCAAAAAAAAAAAAAUCUUCUGAAGAAACGCCAACAAUCCCCCCCAAUUCAUAUACGUCCCCAUCUCUUACAUCACUCUUCCACUACCAUCAGGUUUGCUACCAUUGCCUGCCCCACAGAAUGUAAUAUCCCUGUAUCGCGAUCCCCCAACUUAUAGCCAUAUUCUCCCAAUUUAUCCGCAAACGUCAUUUCAUGUGACCCAUCCUCUCUCCCCCAAAUCCUACAUUCACCUGUUCAUUUCAGUCUUAUCCCUCCACGUCAUACUGCAGCUAUAUUCAUCACAUCAUUCUCAAUUAAGCUAUAUCCUCCAGUUACAUCUACUUCCUCUAAUCUAUUCCCAGUCAUAUUACUAAAAACAACAACAAAACAUGAAUAAAGCACACAAUGUUCAAGAAAUUGCCACCAGUAACCACUAUUGUUUUUAGUUCCUUAACUUGGGUCCAUAUAACCCAGGCUUUCACAAACUCCGGCCCCCCAAAUGUUGCUGAACUUAAACUCCCAUGAUUCUAUGAACGAAAUAGGCUGAGAAUCAUGGGAGUUUUAGUUCAGCAGGAGUUUGGGGAAGCCUGAUAUAACCAAACGUAGGCCACAGCAUUUGACAUUUAUCAAAGAGGUUCCAUGGCCACUAUUUCCUUUGUGUUGGUGCAUUAGAAUUAUAGAGUUCAUUCCUUGAUCCUGUUGAUCACUAUCUGUUACCGUGUAAACAUCCAGUACUUAUUAAUAUUAUGAAUCCUCACAAAUACGUUUACGAAUUAAUAUAGUUUUCCAUUGAUUCUUUAUAUUUUUCUUGCAGCAAUGCUUUCCACGAUGGGUAUGUUCAGCAUUUCCUCUACACCUUCCGAUAUUUCUGUUCUCAAGAAGAUCUUCUCCAAUUUUUUAUAGAACAAAUCGAUAACAACUUCCUCAGGUAAUGAAUUGGUUCAUAUAUGAAAAACAGUGUUGUUGGCAUGUAUAAGAGUGUCAGCAAACAAAAGCAAGACAAAUAACACAGUAGAGAAACUAUGCUUCAUUGAUGCCAAUACUCCAUUUCAAACGAACAUUAAAACGUAUAUAAAGUUGUUUAUUCGGUUACAAAAUAUGUUAUUGCACAGCAUAAGCCACGGUGACUUUGUAACCCCAUGAUACCUAGCGAAUCUAUAAACUGCCUUGCAUGAUAAUAAAUAUUUGAUAGACAAGGUAGAUCUAGGUAGGUCAGUCCCUAGUCUCCACUUGGGGGCUUCAUUGAAUUGUGUAAGAGCUGACUGACACUAAUGCCACAAAAAAAUAAAUUGAGUUAAGGUUCACAUAGAGAUAUUAAAAAACAAUGAAUAAGGAUUCAAUAACUUCUUAUAUGGGAAGGAGAAAUUGUGGGAAGUUUGUACUAGUCACUAAUCAAAGUAAAAAAGAUGAUAAUUUUUUUGUUUAUUCUGUGUAAUGUUAUCUGAUACAGCAUAGAUACAAUUAUUUCUACGUUUGCUGUGACUAAAGAGAUGGUCUCUGUUUGUAGGGAGGGGAAAGAUCCCUCACCACUAGAAGAAAAGGAAAAGGUCUACCAUCGUUCUCUUGUUCUGCUACAGACAUGGAUUGAAGACUGUUGGCAUAUAGAUUUUAUUUCAGAUCCUGAUCUUCUGGACAAGCUUGAACAUUUAUCCAAUUCCCAGGUAUUGUUCUAGAAUAGCAAUGCAAACUUAUUAAUGGAUAUAAAAUAAAUAUAUGGCAAUGGUACGGCGAAGUCUAGAAUGGUAAACCAAGCUCAUUUUGAAAUUGUGUAAACCGGUCAAGGUCUUCUGCACCAAACACAUUUGUGACAACCUGGAGCUAUGUACCCAACUACCCAACAACAGACAUAUCUACUUACAUGAUGGCUCCUGGGGGACAGCAGAUAUACUCAUCUUAACGCACUGCCAUGUUCUAGUUUGGCCUAGUCUUCAGCUCCUGGCGGGGAUCAUCUUCCAGGACCUGCUCCAGUGGUGUGGAUGAUUUUGUGAAAUUACAAGAUCUUCCAGUGUUUAUCUUGUGUAACCUCUCUGGGAAAUGGCAAAAUGUGAAAUAUUUGAAGGUCUGCUCUUUGUCACGUUUUUUGCUAAAAUUCAGUACUUACAUAAGACAAUGUAGUCUCUACAUUGCUGUGACUGUGCCACAUUAAAACAUUAUGGAGUCUGUUCAUAUACAGUAGGUUCCAAAUACAUCUCUAAUAUUAGCUUGUGCAUGGACUGUUUUCUCUUGGUGCUUUUCGCACAUGUCUAACAUUACAAAUUCCAAUGAUUUUAGUGCCUGUUACUAUUUCAGAAGUUCCUGAUUAAAUCUCUUUUCAGGUUCUUCCACACAAUGAAUAUGGUGAUUACCUAUUGUCUUUGCUGCAAGAAAUUUCCAAUCGAAAAUAUACAUUUUCCUCUCCAAGUUUUAAUUCUGGUGAUAAAAAGGAAGAUACCAAAUCUCUACACUCCUUGUGUACAAAGUUGUCCGAUGAUAACCUAUCCAGAAAGGUAUGAGUGAUGUUGGUAUUUUAGUAUCUUAAUAAGUCAGUGUGACCGAUACCUCAUAACAGUACAUACAUAAUACGUGUGUGUGUGUAUGUAUGUGUGUGUGUGUGUGUGUGUGUGUGUGUAUAUAUAUAUAUGUGUGUGUAUAUAUAUAUAUAUAUAUAUAUAUAUAUAUAUAUAUAUAUAUAUAUAUAUACACACACACAUAUAUGUGUAUACGUAUUUGAUCCUGAUGAAAGUCCUCUGUGUAGGACUCAAACGUUGAUCGUCUUUUAACCUUGCACUAAUAAAUUUUGGACUUUUAAAAUCCGAGAGUGCUGCUACCUGUUUGGAAGAGUGGAUAUUACUAGCCUUGGUCUGCUAGCACCUGGUUAUUAAGGGACUUUAAAGCAUGAGUGCAAGAGCAAUAUAUAUAUAUUAUAGUGUUUUGGCAUUAGAUGUAAAAUAAAAGUAUACAAUUAUGUUCACUAAUGCUAUUCCAAAAUCCAUUUGAGCAAAUUCCCCAAUCUGGAAUUUUGGGACACAGAGCAAAUUUAUCUGUCAGUCUGACCUCAAAUCAAAAUCUAUUUAUGUAUGUAUUUAUUUUUUUAAUCAAAUACUCAGAUUGAUAGUUCUUGGGUAUCACAUUAACAUAACAAUGCCAGUGUAACCUGCUUUUACUGUCUAUUUUUUGUGCCAAAUCAAGAAUACUGGAAAUGUACCCUUAAAUUUUAUGGAUGAAUAUGAUUAAUUACAAAAAUAGCACCUAAGAAAAACCAUAAAUCUAAGUAUAUGGGGUUGCUUCACAUUUGCGAAUUUUUAAAAAUACGAGAACUACCGGUCUACCGUAAACUCUUGUGUUACAGAGCUUUAACUGGAAACUGUCCAAGGGAAAUGGAUCCAAUGUGUAUAAUAAGGAUAAGCAUUACUCUUUAGCAUCUGCUUUACCUCGUCCAUGCUAUCCAAGCAUUGUGGAAGAUUAUUCACCGUCUUAUAUGAAAGGAGAUGAAAAUGGAAUGUACUCCAUAUAUGAAUGCAGUGUUGGGCAGAUUGCAUCACAAUUGACAAUACUUCAAGAAGUAAGAAUUAACCUAAUGAAUGAAUCAUAAUAAUUUACUUAAAGGGCUACUCCAAGUACCAUGACAUUUGAAGUGGCCGUGGUGCCUGGAAUCUAUUUCGCUUUGAAACGCUGCACAUACCGAAUCUAGCCACUUGGCUACCGGAGGUGUAACUCCAGCAGUGUCAUGGGUGUCUUCAGCCAGCAUGGAACUAGAGUUGUGCACUUAUGUUCACUAAUGCUAGUUUUUUUGUGCAGUGUGCCAUUCCUUGGCUGAGCGCACUCAGCUGACGCCAAUGAAUGGCAAAUGGAUGGACUUCAGCAAUUCUGCAGAAGCGUGUUAUUACAUAAACCAGGGAGCUUAGGAACCUGAGAGGUACCCAAGUUCGAGGGCAAACUGUUACUAAAAUGUUUGCCCCAUUAUUUAUUUUCUCUCUUUUUGAAUAUGUCCAAUUUUUCAAGUUAUCAUUCGUUAAGAAUAUUAAACUUCCUGUCCAUGUGACUGUUAGAAUUCCUUGCCAUGUAGUGUAAUUGAUUACUGAAUCAGACAACAUUUGAGCCAUAUAAGGGAUUAUUCACUGAGAUUCAGUAAAACAAACAUUAAAGUUUAGUGUAGUGUUUUGUUUUUGUUUUUUAUUCGUUUAUUUGGGCCAGACAUUUUUAUAAUUCAGUUUUCACUUAACUGGUUAGUGUAUAAGCCCCAAUAAGGAUUAUUCAAAAAACAACAACAAAAAAACAACAACACAGAGGAGGAGGGCUUAAGUCCUGGAAGGUAGUAAAAAUAUUUGAUAGUUAUAUAGACAGAAUAUGAAAAGUAAUAUUAUUUUAUUAAAUAAAAAGUCAGGUUUCACCAACACUCUGCAAUACGCUGUUUAGGGAAUAAACCCAAAAGUAACAUUAACAAGCUAACAAAAAGUAAUUACUAAAUAUUCAGACACAUCAUUCUUCGGAUGUGCGUGAUAUGUUUUGCUCACCACUAAUAUUGGAACACUUGGUAAAUAUGAGCGAAGUAGACUUAAAAUUUAAUUUUUUUUACCUUUUGAUAUUUUGUUAAAGACACAAGAUACUCUGCUUUUGUUAAAUAAAUGUACAGGUCCUCUGGUGGAAAAACAGCUGGUGAUGUAAGUGACAUUGGAUUGUAGUUUUGGAGUCUCUCUGACCCCAAGACAAAACGAACUUCAGCAAUUCUCCAGCUGUGAUCCUUGUAGAUUUUUUUUGCCACUCAAAGUAUCCUUUUCACAGGAAGUCAUGGGUGAACAAUUUCCUGUUCCUACUCACCCAGGUGUACUAAGAAAAUGUCAACUAGCAAAUAUAUUUUUCUCAUAUGAAUUCAUAGUAGUGCCAAUAAUUAUGCCAUAUAUAUUUAACAAUUAGUUUAUUUCUCAAAAGGAAAAAAAUAAAUACAAUUUAACAACCUUUUUUGCUCAUAUUUUCCAAGCCUGCCAAUAUUCGUUGAGGUCACUAUAUGUGAAGUGUUUGGUUUAGUUUGGAUACCUAUCGUCAUACAAUUAACAUACAAUCUAUUUUGGAUUGCUAAUCCUUGGAUUAAAUCUCGUACAAAUCUAAUCCUCAGUAUAUCUUUAACUAGAAUCUUGUUUAGUUUGAGAAAAAUAAAAUAAAAAAUAAAAGGUCACUGUAUUAGCAUCUGACAAUUGAGACUGUGUUGCUUAUUUGUUCCUUGGUUUAAAAAGCAUACUUCAGGACUGAUUUGGGCAAACUGAUAACAUUUACACAUGGCAAGGUACAUUUGUUACAGAUUGUAUAAUUAUAGUAUGUCCUGGGUUAGUACCUCCCACAAGUUUUGCAUACAUAAUGGUAAACUAUAACGCCAGACUGCUGACCUGUUGACGCAUCUAGAAAUUGACUGGCUUUGGUACUACACUAGUGAACCUGUUGCUGUGUCUAAUGAAUGCAUAGUGGCAUAAAGUCAGAGCAAGUUGUGUUGUGUCAUUUAUUAAUGUCUGUAAUAGUAAAAAUGUAUCUGUUCGUUUUGAUGUCUUCAAUUUACCACUUGUAUCUCUGAAGUAUGUAGUUUAACUUUUUUUUUUUUACUUUUUUUUUUACUAAUUAUUGCUAUUUUUCGAAGGUUCAUCUGUUCUACAGGAUGAAUUGAUACGAAUGAAAAUUGUUAUAUAUAUUAAAUUAGUCUGUUAGCAGAUCAGGAGGUCCAGUGAAAAUAAAUUUACCCAUUUAUUUUCGUUUUACCAUUACCCAUGCUUUAAAAUACAUUUUCAAUUCUAUGCCACUGGAGGGAGCUAAACACUAUCUUAAUGUCUUGUGGGAAAUUUUCUGUUUCACACAUGCAGUUGCAGUAAAACUAAGACCAUUGCAUCACUGCUCAUAUUUUACAUAUUAAAUAUUUUUUAUAUGUAACGUUGCUACAUUGGGUAACAUCUCCCCCAAUCUAGAUCUUACAACCUUGCAAUUUCCUUGAAAAUGUUCAGAAAAUACAGUUUGUAAACAUUUUGUAUUUAUUAACAUUUAUAGUUUUGUUUUUUAAUUAGGCUACAAUGCCUUGUUUCUAGAAACAGCUGAAUAAAACAAAUGGUGUUGGAAAAAUAUUCUCAGGGAGCUAUUACCAUCCUGUGAUUCUCUAGACAACAAACUUAUAACUAAGGCAGGGCUCUGACUAUCAUGUCCUGUGAUAUUAGCCAUGCCAUAAAAAGUUAUUCACCAUUGCAAGCCUGGAAGAUCCAUGGCGAACUCACCAGUACCCACCAAGUUGCAUUUCUAGUCACAAGGGCAAAAUUUUCACUCGCUGGCUAGUGGUUGGUGAAAAUUUGGAGUCCUGACUAGGGUAUCUCUAAGACUGCCGUGGUUCUGCAAAAUACAGUUUAAGCAAGGUUUAAAACUUCCACUUGCCACUAGUCAUUGGUGAGUGAAAAUUUAGCCCUGGCAAGUAUACUAUAGCUUGAAGUGGUGACUAAGCUUUAAAUAAUGGCUAGUAGCAUAUUACUUCAACUUUUCAGCCCUGGUUAAAGAACGUGCAAACUGUUAUUCCUAUCCCAUGGCUCUUAAUAUUUUGAUGUCCCCACCCCCCAAAAGACAUAUAGUGCCAUGUUAAUGCCAUGUCUUCCCACAACAAAGUCUGUACCGCAUUUAGUACAAUGCCAGUGAAGAGCCCAGUUUGCACCUAAAAUUAAAAAAAAAAAAAGUUCAGUUUUGACAAGUCUUCAUCUUUCUAUGGCAAAUGUACUCAUAAAAUUCUUAAGUUGUGAUGCAAAAAAAGGUAUGAAACAAUAAAAUAGAAACCGUAAAAUGAAAAAUAGUUACAAUCCAGUGGUUGUAGAAAAAUAACCUAAUUUUGUAUACAUUUGAUGUAAUACAGACUACCUAAUCCAUUUUAUACAGGACUGCUAUGAAAAAAAAAAAAACACUUUUAAAAAUAUUUUUUAUUGGGAACUUUGAAUUCCCAACAAUCAUUCCCCUGCCACUACACUACUUUACAAGCCCCACCGUGUUAAGCGUUAGUGUCCCCAUUAAUUUACCAUAUUUUAUUUCCCUUGGAUUAUUAGGAAAUGUUCCAGAAAUGUCAUCCUGUCCACUUCCUGAAUUCAAGAGCACUGGGAGUUAAAGAUAAAUCCACCAAUGUCCCAAAGUAAGUUUUUCAAAGCCAUGCAAUAGGGGUUUAUUUAUGCUGUGAAGUUCUAUUAGUAGAAAAUUCUGGAUUUUAUAACGAUUACUUUACUUUUCGAACAUAUGUUUAAAUAAAUAGUUUCUUUUUUAAAAGCAUUAUCCAUUUGAUAGUAAUCAUUUUUUUUCUAUAUAAAUGCGUAUUUAUCUGAAUCGGUUUCUUCCCCCCCCCAAAAAAAAUACAUGAUUGUGACUUUACAUACAAUGUUUGAAACUUUUUUUUAAUUUUACGUGGUGAGUUUUCAUAAAGUAGAUAUAUACGAUCAGAUACAGGAUGUCAUACAAUUCUAGCAUAAUACAACGAUCAAAAAAAUUGUGCACUCUUGUGACUAGGUCUUUGGAUACAAAUAAUUUACCACGAUGAGAGAGAGAUUCUCUGACAUGUUCAUAUGUCAAUAUAGAAAUAAUUUUGCAACAAUUGUGGAAUUGUCAUGUAAAAUGUAUGAAUAUUGGAUUCACAAUCCCUGUAUGGCGAAUUUGCGCGCAAUCUGGAUUGUGUUUUUGGGUUACUCUAAGCACCAUUACCAUUUCAGGUAAAAUGGAUUUAUCUCUUCUGCUGCUAGACAUGUAACUCCACCUCUAGUGGCGUCAUUAGUCAGCCCGGAACAAAAUUGUCCAGUGACAAGUGGCUAAAUUAAUUAUUUGCAUGUUUGUUGUCUAACGCCAGUAUGCACAGCAUGAAGCCACCAAACAGCAAAUGGCACCACCCAUGUCCUCCUGGCAUCCAUCCCCCUCACCAGGAUCAGGAUGCAGGGAGAAUCUGAUGCUGGAUCGUGGUGAAUUUUAGUUGUUUUUUUUUGUUGUUUGUUUUUUUUUUUUUUAUUAUGAUCAGUAUUUAUUUUUUGUGUUGACGUAACCCUUUGUCACACAAUUAAUAGUUAUCUGCAGCUGUAUCACUAGUACGUGUGUUGGGUUUAAAUCUAUAAAUGCUUGAAAAAUACCUCUUAAAAGGUCGAAAUAUUGCUGCCUUUUUUUUGUUUCAUUAACACUCUGAGUGCCUGGGAAUUUUUGUUGCCUUAACGUGUUGGGAUUGCUGGUCCUAUUCUGGAGCACCGGUGGCUGCUGGAGAUUGAGUGCGGUUCCUGCAAUCAUCUUUGCAAUAUAUCUAUAUGUGGACACUAACUGUUUCAUGAUUGCCGUACGUGUCUGUCUCCGCUUAGGUGACAAAUUUCACUACAAAAGAUGGAUGAGAAGGGAUGCAAGUUUACUUCAGUGGCCAAUGUUUUGAUAAGUGUAACUGGGGGGAGGUCAUUGAUUGGAACGUCCGUUAUAUUGAAGACAAAUAUUUAUCUACCUUAGCUGCUGCAGAACUUCGUGUUUAGUCAUCCAUGGCUGUGCAUUUGGCUAUGAGUAAUCUUUAUUGGCCACUGUGAUAAUUGAUGUUACUUCCUGUGAAGCUUUCCUGCAGUUUUACUGCUCUGGUCUGAGAGACAAACGACCUCCCAUCAUGACUGUUACACUUGCCUGUGAGUCAGGUGGAAGGUGGGUGGGCAGUCAUAACUCUGCUGUCCAGAUGAGCAUGACAUAGCCAGUGUGAGGUCAACUCAUUGCACUGCCUGUUAGUAAAUAUCAGGUUUUAAAUGCUGUAUUGUAUCCUGAAUGCUUUUAGAACAGUAUAUGCCAAAAGGAGAAAUGAAUGCCAUGUGCAACUCUGUCACACGCAUUGCAAGAUGCCUGGGAAAUAUAGAGGUCAGACCUAGAAGAUCAUAAUACUGUUGCAGCACCAGUAGAACGCAUUUCACCCAGUUCCAUAGGUUUCACUGUGUAUUUACUUGUUUAAUAAAGGCUGCAAAUCAUCUUGUACACACACACUAGAGUAACAUGUGAGCACCACAAACUCUGCUUACAAAACAAACAAAAACCCUAGAACACAAGAUUGCAAAAAUACCCAUCUUUGAAUUUGUGUUAUCAGGGCCUUUUUUGCGGAGACUCUUCCUGCUGAAAUCUGCAGCCUCUUUAUGCCAAACUGCACUCAAGAUAAAUAUCUAUUACAGCUGCUACGGUUUGCAGAUAAUGUCAGCUCCUGGGUUGCUGCUGAGAUUGUGACCAGUGCUACUUCUAAGGUGAGAAUUGUGUAGUAAUGUGUGAAAAAGACAUGUUGAACUUCUCUCAAAAAUAUAUUUUAUAUGCUUUUUCUUUUGUGUAAAGCACAAAACUUCUACUGUAUUUACAGCUUCUUGAUCCAAGGAGAGAUCAAGGUGCCAUUGAGGUAAAGAAGGAUUUUUUUCUAGUUUGUUGCACAAGUGGAAACACUUCAAACUGGGUUUUUGCCUUCUUUUGGAGCAACAGCAGAAACAAAUGAGAGAGAGAGAGAGGCUGAGCUUUAUAGUCACCAGAACAAAUACAGCUUAUUGUAGUUGUUCUGGUGAGUAUAAUCAAUCCCUGCAGACUUUGUCAUAAAGCCUGCAGGGACUGACCAUAAACACUGUGCAGCACUGACGUUCAGCAUCUCCACGCUCUGCAUUGAACCGCUGAACUUUGAUUUAAUGCAUAUCAAUGAGGAGAUGCUAAUUGGCCAGGGUGGCGUUUUGCUUCACCCCCAGCCCACUUCCUUGCCUGAGAUCAGUAUAAUUGACUAAUUCAACCAAUGCUUUGCUAUGGGAAAGCAUUGUGAUUGUCUGAAAUCAUAAAUUCUGAUGAUGUCAACCAAGGAGGCAGAUUGGAGGCGAAGCCAGCACCGGAAGACCCUCACGGCACUGGAAGUAAGGGGAGUUUUUACUAGCUUUAAGGGUGACAAGGGGCUAAAUAGAUAGCUUAACACUAUAGGGUCAGGAAUACAUGUUUGUGUUCUUGGCCCUAUAGUGUUCCUUUAAUGGACGCAAGUCAUUUUUCAGCCUAUGUAACUAUGUACUUUCAGGCUUAUUCAGUAAAGUGCGAAUUGUCAGGAUUUAAAAGUAAAUUUAAGGCUCUAACUAGAAGCUUAGUUUACUUAGAAAAUGUCCCCAGCUCUGCUAGUUUGGCUAUAAAUAUGAAAUGCAGUUUUAACUUCUGACAAUUCUCACUUUAAUGAAUAAAUGUGUGUGAAUCCUAGUAGUGUCAGCGUCUCCAAUGCAAGUAACCACAGUUUUACCAGCCCCAGACUAACUGCUCUCCUCCACUUCCAUAUCCUUAGCUUUAUGAAGAAGCACUGAGGAGCAAUGUUAAUAUCACAAACUAGCACCCACAACAUUACAUUAAUAAAGAAAACUGCUUUAUAUUUCAGACAUAGUGUCCUCUAAGGAUUUAAUAAACCAGUUUUAAAACCCUCCAAAGAUGUUGAUGGCCAGAGAGCUUUUUUACUGUAAUCAAGGAAGUUGCUAAAAGACACACUAUAGUCACCCAGACCGUUUCAUCUCGUUCAGAGAAACCGCAAUGUUUAUAUUGCAGGGUUAAAAAUGCCUCUAUUACACAGUCACUAGAGGCACUUCCUGCUGUUUCACUCCGUGAAACAAUGCUGGACAUCCAGCGUCUUCAAACCCCCAGUAGGAAGCAUUGACUCAGUGCUUUUCUAAGGGAAAGGGCUAAUGCAGGCGUGGCAUGCGCAUUAGUGGGGUAGCUUUUUAUUCUUAAUACUAUAAUGUUCCUUAAAAGAUAGUAUAGGAUUUGGGUAAUUUGCAAGACAAUGAAGGCUAAACUUGACACAAGGCCUGAGAUGGCUGCUGUUUGUAAUCCCCAAUUGUAUGGAACUUGGAGUGCCUGGUCCUUCCUUUCAGUUGACUACUGUUGGGAGUGUGGCCGCACCCGGUUCCAGAGGUUUUUUGUUGUUGUUGAUUGUAGUCUCUAUCUACAGUCUUACUAGAGAAAGCUUAAUUUGGCAUCAAAGAUGUUUUUGAGCUGACUUUUACUUUAAGUUUGCUAAUGUAGUUUAGAAAACUCAGUGCCAAGGGUGGCUUAUUUUAAAUCAAUCAAGAAUCCUACACCAAGUUAUGUAUACCUUCAUACUUGUCACCACUUUACAUUUUUGAGAACCUGCAAAUAAUUUGUAAAUGUUACGGUUUUUUUAUAUUAGUCGAUUAAAAUGUUCCUUAUAAUCUCAAGGUCUAAAUUACAUUUUUCAUCCGCUGUAGUUGCAGGCAAGCGUACUGACAAAGUUUCUUCUUGUUGCAAAACUGUGCUAUGAACAACGAGAUUUCGCAAGUGCUGUUCAGAUAUUGGGCGGGCUGGAAAACCUUAUUGUGCGACAACUUCCAGUGAGUAUUACGCUUUCAAUAAGCAGGUUAUGGAAUUUUGUUUGUGUGUUUUGGUUUUAAGUAUUUGAAAAUGUCCACAAAUUAUAAAUGUCUUUGGUUUUUUUUAAGGCAUGGAAGAGUUUACCCUCUAAGGUGUGCGAAAUUCUUGAAGAACUCAAAGCUGUAGAGGUAAAAAAAAAAAUGUUUACAUCUGUUUUUCAACUAAAAGUGAUUGUAUUAUGUGCAUUCUAAGCUAAGCAUGUUGAAUGAAUGUGACCUUCAUUUUGGAUAAAAGGGACACUAUUGUUACCAAAACAACUUUAGUUAGUGAAGCGUGUUUUGUGUAUAGAUCGUGUCCGAAGUUUCACUGCUCAUUUAUCUGCCAUUUAAGAGUUAAAUCAUGUUUGUUUCUGUUUAUGCAGCCCUAGCCACACCUUCCCUGGCUGUGACUGUGACUGAGACAGUCGGCAUUAAAACAAAAUGCUUUAAUUUUCAAUCACAUUUUAACUUACUUUAAAAGUUUUUAUCUCCUACUCUGUGAAUUGAACACAGGAGGCUCCUGUAGGGUCUAGCAAUCUUAUUGAUAGUGCAGGAGGUAAGGAAUUCUAAGUUUAACAUAAUUUGCAAUAUACCAAGUAUAAACAUUAACUGUCUCUUUACAGAAAGUGUGUAGGAAGGCUGUGCAAGUCACAUGCAAGGAGGUGUGGCUAGAGCUGCAUAAACAAAGCGAUUUAACUCCUAAAUGGAUAAUUGAGCAGUGAGACUGCCAGGGCAUUCUCUAUACAGCAAAACUACUUCAUUAAGCUAACAUUGUUUUAGUUACUAUAGUGUCCCUUUAAAUGUAACAAGCUUCUCUCAAAGGGACACUGUAGGCACCAUAACAGCUUCAUCUCAUUGAAGUGGCUGUAGCGUCUGGAGUGCCCUAGUGCUGUCCUUCUGUUCAGCAUUAAACCAUUUUUACGGUUUUAAUUGUAUGCAAGAGUCCCCAACAGCCCAUCCCCUAUGUGAUGCCCGGGUUACUGAGGGGGCUGUGAGUGUCUACGGACCUUAUUUAGCCUAUCACAGUGCCAUUGCGGUUAUGAAUUGGUAUGGCUAUAAGGAAGUAUGUAAUUUCUUGCCUUAGUCACUGCUCCGGUGACCAGGGAACUUCAUUUAGUGGCUUAACACUGAAAGUGCCAGGGACUCCAAGCACUAUAAAUAAUUCAAUGAGAUUAAAUGGUUAUAGUGCCUACAAUGCCCCUUUAAAAAUACAAUACACCCCUACGGGGAUAUGCCAAACGUAUGUACACAGCAUAAUGACCCAUGUGGAAAGUGGAACACAAUGUUUUCUGUGUACAUGUACACCGUACAUGUUUUCAUUGUCUGUUAUAUAAGAGUUGAUACUUUGCAUCUUGUAAUGUGCAUUUGUGAAAUCUAUUUACCUGGAUGAUGAUUUGGGGCUACGAAAGAGAGAUAAAACAGUUACUUUAAAAGGAAUUUACAGCUGGGAGUGGCAAAAAGGGGGAGGGUGGAGGGAUGGAACAGGCUAGCCAUUUGUUAUAAAAAAGUAAGUAUUUACCAACAAAAUUCUAACAGCCAGAAUAUUAAUAACUACAUGUAACAAAGUACAAUAUUAAUGCUAUUUUCUUCAAUUUUAGCCUCUCUUUUUAAUGUUGCAUUAAAUGUCAAAACACAAGAAGUUUAUGGUACCUGUAGAAAGUAUUUUUUAUGGGGGAAAUCCAUUUAUUUUAGGCAUAGUCUCUUUUAGAUACCAUUUAGUCAAUGUAAUUGAGAGUAAUUUUCGAGGGCAUGUCCUUUAUGGUCUGCACCAUAUGCCAUGAUGCUCUUCCUAAUAACAAAAAGAAGCAGCCCAUUGUUGGACAAGUAUUGCAGUUCAACAACAGCAGCAGCAGCAAUGGCAAAUCUAUGGAAUUUCAUAUAUAUUAUAUAUGGUGAAACUUCAAUAUCAAGUGCACUAUACAAGGCACUACAAUAGUGCAAAUUAUGCAAUAUUAUCACAAAGACUUUGUAGACUACCCAACCAUUGUGCCAUCUGUGGUAAGAAAAAAAAGAGCACUUACUCCUUUGUAACUUGAGGAAAGGGACAUUUCUAGAUAUGGGUAGUGCAGCUCAGAACAUAAAAUUGGAAAAAAAAAAAAAAGGGGGGACGACAUAUAGUGUAACAAAAGUAUUAUAUGAAAUAAAAGAAUCAGGCAACUGAGCAGUGAAAGUCUGCUCUAACUUUGACAGCUUUGGUGUCCUAUGUGCAGAACCGCAAUGUAACAGGCAGGACGGCAACUGGAUACAAGUAGGCCUUUUUCCUAUUUGCAUAAGGACUUAUAACACGUUUUAUGCUAGGACCAAUCAGUAUGUGAUUCUAAGUUAUCACACCCAUGGAGGUGAAUAUAAAUUCAGAUGGACGGCAAACCCAAAACGUGAUCUGAGGAAGCUGCCCAGGUGAAACGCGUCCUCACGUAACACAACGUCAGUGUGUGUCAUAUGAAAUUCUAACUCCCAGAAGUGUAUCGGCUACCAGAGGACCGCUAGUGCUAGCCGCGUGUCAGAGAGUCUGAGGAAAAACACCAUCAGCAUUCCACUAAGGAGAGAGUUCAUUUUUUUUGCUGUUUAUGUUACAAAUAAAGGACUUGUAUCCAGUUGCCGUCCUGUCUGUUACAUCUUAUCACAUCGUCCUGCUUGUUACAUCGGGGUCCUGCACAUAGGACACCAAAGAUGUCAAAGUUAGAGCAGACUUUCACAGCUCCACUCUCGUGAGUUGCCUGAUUCUUGUAUUUCAGAUAAUACUUUUGUUACAGAGUUACACUAUAUGUCCCCUUAUUUCUUUUCCCAGUUUUAUGUUCUGCGCUGCACUACCCAUAUCUGGAACACUAUAUUGCCUAGUCCCUUUCCUCAAGUUACAAAAGGAGUAAGUGCUCUUUUUUUUUUUUUUUUUUUUUUCCUUACCACAGAGUGCACAAUGGUUGGAUAGUCCACAAUCUCUUUUUGACAAUAUUGCAUAAUUUGCAUUAUUGUAGUACCUUAUAUAGUGCACUUGAUAUUGCAUUUUAACUAUAUAGAUUUUUCUCUUUGUGUGUGUGUAUGUGUGUAUAUAUAUAUAUAUAUAUAUAUAUAUAUAUAUAUAUAUAUAUAUAUAUAUAUAUAUACACACACACACACACAUUUAAGUAUCUAAAAGGCAUAGUGCACUUUUUUCCAUAUCAUGUUAUAUUGAGUGUUUUUGAGCCGUUUUCACUUGUAUUAGUGAUUCGUACCUUUUGAAUACUCGGAAUGUGUUGUUUUUUUUUGUGUGUUUUUUUUAAGUUUCUUUCACUAUAUAAUUGUGUUCACAGCAUCUUCUUUACUUGAUUUCUUUAGUAUUCUAUAUAUCUAUAUCAAUAAUUUUUACUCUCUGUCAGGUAGUGGCAAAUUUACCAUUCGCUCCAUGCAUGUGUUGAGGAUAUAUAUUUUCCUUUAUGUUCUAGGUGUUUCUAAAAAGUGACAGCUUGUGUUUGAUGAAAGGAGACCGAUUUAGAACAUUACCCACAAUUCCAUCAGCUUAUGUGUUAGCAAUGCACAUUCAGCAGCUUGAGACGGGUGGCUUCACUAUGGCUAACGGGGCUUUCAAGUGGAAUAAACUAAGGUGAGUUUAAAUUUUGUGCAUUUCUGGGGCAUUGCUAGGUUUCAAAAAUAUCUGAGGCUUGAGCCCAAAGCAACCUUUUAUUCUUCCCCAUCAUUUCAUUUUAAAAUCAUACAAAAUGGAAAACUAAAAACAUUAUAAAUCUCUUAUCCUGGACUGAGCAUCCCUGAGAGAAGGAGCUGCCUGCAGUGUAUCACAAGUGGAAACGUUUUUGUUCCGGGGAACGACCCCCACCACUGCACAGACAGAUUUGUGCACUUAUUGUUAGGCUGCUUUUUUAGUUAAAUGUUAAUAUUGAUUUCUUGGCACCAGAUGGCAUUAGCAAUGAUUUUAUCACAUCAGCAAUUCACUUUUGCAAAACCUAGAAAACUAAACAAUACCAGCUUAAAGUCAGAUCAAUUUCUACAGUUAGAAAAAAAAUAGACCUUUUUUUUUAUUAUUCUAAGUUUUAAAUAGCGGAAGUGAUCAAUACAUACAUAGUGAUUCGGUUUGCUUUUACUUGGGAAAAAAAAAUGUAACAGUUUACCUGUUACCUGUUGUGACAGUGAGCCCUGUGAAUAUACAAGAAACUUCUCAGAAGGCUUUAGUCUUGUGACUAGCAGAGGAACUAAAAACUUCCUUAUGCAGUGUUUGUGUUGCAAUACACGUUUAUCUAUGAAACAAAUGCUAGCUCUACCAGCUUGUUAGUUUGCUUUUGUGUACCAGGCAUCAGAUAUGUGUAGAUGACAGGGUCCCAUUCGUAUCAUUCUAUAUUCAAUGUAUAGAAAGAUAAUCAGUGGAAAUAGACUUAGGGAAACUGAUAGAGGGAGGAACUAAAGAGAUGGAAUCCUUGGGAAAAGAGACUGAAGUUUUAAGAGGGGGGCAGCACACUGCAUUAUUGCCUAUGGUGGUAAAAAUCCUUGCACUGGCCCAGAUCCCACCUAUAUUGCAAUACAACUAUAAAUCAGGUUCUCAAUAGAGAACGAGAACUCUAUGUAUGAUAACAAAUGCCUCUGUAUAUGGCCAUAGACACGUCGUCUAUGAUGCAACAAAACUUCUGCAGUAAUUUCUUGUAGAUCCUUUAUACAAAUCAUUGUUGAGUGAUUCAACUUCUGGUCUGCUUUAGCUUGAACACGAGGGCUUGAAGCUAGCAAUCAUAGGCAUUUGUUAUCAGACAUAGAGUUAUCGUUUUCUAUUGCAAGAACCUGAUUUAUAAUUGUAUUGCUAUAUCGGUGUGAGCUGGGCCAGUGCAAGGAUUUUUACCACCCUACACAAUAAUGCAAUGUGCUGCCCUAGAAUGAUCUGAUAUACCCCAGUGGUGCAGGAUAAUGGCUAGUAAAUAUGAAUGACCAGAGGUUUACCAAGUUUCUAGUCGUAAUUGCUCUCCAUUUGCUCUUUUAUUCCACAGGAAUAUUGCAAAGGUUGUCAGCCAGGUUCAUGCAUUUCAAGAGAUCCCGUACUCCUUCGCUCCUGAUCCAGAACUUCAGUUUUACCUUAGACAGCGAAUUGCACAUUUUAGUGAUGCAGACAUUUCAGCUCUGGCAGCUUCCAAUAACACCAAUUUUCAUCACAUGCCGUCAGAAAAACAUUCUCGAAAGAUACAGGACACCCUAAGAAGAAUGAAGGCAACAUUUCAGUAAUUUUUUGCAAACCUGGAUAUAAAAAAAAAAAAAAAAAUCUUUUGGCUAAUAGCAUACCGAGCUAAAUGACCAAAGAGAGGAUUAUAUAGAAAUAUGCAUUAUGUAUGCAAACCAGAACUAGCAUAUAAAUUACUUGACACUGAAUCAGUGCUAUUGGCUUCUUUGUAGCGCAAUCUGCAACUGGCAUGUCGCUGUUCUGAUGUUUACCCAUCGUGAAUGGUUUGUUGUAGCAGAAUAAUGAUUUGCACGCUUGAGGCACUAGAUACGGUAUUUAAUAGGAAAUGUCUUCACAUACGACCCAGUUCAUCAGAGUGGUUGAAAUUUGUUUUAUCAGAAUUCUUAAACAAGAGAGAUAUGAAGACCUAAAAAAGUAAAUAAUUGAAAUAUUCAGUUUGACUUGGUGGAAUGGGAGUAUUUACUAAUGAAAAGAUUUGUAUAUGGAUAGUUUAAAUUGUUCAGCUGGAAUCUGCUAUUUCCAAGUUACAUCCAACUGAAGGCUUUAGGUUUAGUUCUGAUGGAGGUCCACAUUUUCUAGCAAUCCUGUACGUUCGUAUUGACUAUAGUGUGAUAGUCCCGUCAAAAGAACCAAUAAGGAGCUCACAUGCCCAAGGAUUGCACACAUCUCUUUAUCAAAAUAGAUCAACAGGAGAUUAUUUAACCUUUAAAAAUAGAGUUCUAGAUCUUGUCUUAACGGUGGUUAAGGCAGGGCUUUGACUUUAAUUUAUAUACUUUGUUUUUCUUAACUAUUAUUUUAAUCACUCCCAUCUAAACUACAUUAUUGAGUAACAGAUUAUUUUCCUAAGUGACUUGGUUCUUUGUAAAGCUAAUGGUGUCAUAUUUUCUUUGUUCAUAGAAAAUAAUAGGCCGACAAAUUCGAUAAAUCUUUCUCAUUAGAAUUGCUGACAUUCCAUUCAAGGUAAAACAAUGCUUAAUUUUCAUCAGAAUAAUGAAUGUUCCGUUGUAGAACAGGACAGUAUUACCUCUAUCUGCAACCGCUGCAGACGUGUCAUUAUUCUAAGAAUCUUUAUAGAAGCAGCUCUGCAGGAUACAUGUAAGAUAUAAUAUAUUACAUUAUGAAGGCAGGAAUGAGAAGGUAUUUUUCUUAAAAGGAGUAAACUUUUCUGAUUCUGACUGUUUGUCAGCCAAGUGUUCAUUUGGAAUGUCUGAGUUUCAGGGUCUUUUUUCAUCAAUAUGAUUAAUUCAUAUUUUUCUCUCUAAGCUACUUAUUCAGAACAUUCUAAAAAUAAAAUUUUUGUAUACAUAUAGUCAACGUUCAGUGUGUUGUACUUUUAUAUAUUUAAAAAAUAUAUAUAUAUCAGUGCUUGCCCUCCAGUUGUUAAAGGAAAUUGUAGCAUUUUUUUUUCUUGAUCACUAAGCGCUUUACACAACAGGAUAGAAGUAAGCAGUACUGUAAAAAAGGCAUUUAAGCUAAAUGUUUCAGAAUUCAGAGUUACCGCCAGCAGAGCAGCUUGACCCUCCCACUCUUUUCAAACACUUUCAGAUUUUCAGCAUUUACAGUUCACUGAUUGGCAGGUGCCAUCAUAAAUAGCUAUUUACAGAAUGGCAAUCGAUUACAGUCUGACGUCACUUAGAAUCGGAAUUAAAAAAAAAAGUGUGCUGGGAAGGAGCCUGCCACAUUCAGUUAGUUAUUCAGUGUUCAAAAAUAUUAGGGUGUUUGUUUUUAAACAUUUUAAGAGUUUAUCCAGUAGAAAAUAGUGAAUACAGUUUCCUUUAAUGACAAUCAAUACUGUUAAAAUAUGAGCGGUCACAUUUCUGAUUUUGUUUAUUUGUGUAUCAAGGCCCAUAAUCUCUGUUUACAUGUCACACAUGAAAUUCAAACAAAACUCUAUGUGAAAUAGGCUUGCCAACUCUGCAACUGAUCAGUUAAGUGAAUGUCAUAAUUUUUACUCUGCAAAUGAAGUGAUCCCUCUGUCAGACUGUCAGCAAACUCACAAGCUUGGCAUGGUUGACUUCGGAAAGAAGCAGUUUAUUUACAGGGGUUUUUUGUUUUUUUUAACUAAACUACAUUUUUAUGAAUGCUAUCUGAAUGACAAAUAUUAAUAUGGCUGUGUUUGAUACAUUUUCAGGAUCAACUAUUUUUGCCUCUGUUUUGCCAUUCAGAAUUUGGGUGAAUUUAGCAAAUAACCAUUUCCCUUGAAUGUGCAGAUACCAUUUUGCUGCUAAAAUUUUCUUCAGUUGUAAAGCUAGAGGGGAUUCACGGAUAUCUCACGAGCACAAGCAGAUUAUACUCACUGGCACAAUUUCAACAAAAGGAGAAUUGAAGGGCAAUUCACAUUAAUUUGCAUUACCGUGGCUGAUCUGAGCAUUUUCAGUAGACAGUCAUGGCUUUACGUGACCAAAAAAAAAAAAAAAUAUAGUACAUCUAUACCCUAUAUAGCACGAAAACUACCUACAUUAUUUUUAACAUGAUUUAAAACCACACACAGAAGAAACCAUAAUUGUCCGUUAUUUAGGAGUGACCAGAUGGUGGAACACAGAUUGUUCAAAUCAGAACCUGAUGGCCCAGGUUAACACUGGAGUGUAGUGCCAGAAAAAAAAAUGUAAGAGUCAGAUUUCUGUUUAUGGAGCUGUGAGUUUUAUGUAUUGGAUUUUGCCAAAUAAAAAGUCUCCGCUAGAACAUUUCCCAUACACCAAGUUGCUCAAAGACCUCGCAAUUGAUGUUAUGUCAAGACCAAAUUGACUUCACAGUAGAAGUUUCCAAAUAUUUAACUCUGGAUUUUGCAGUGUCUGAGCUGUUUAACUGCUGAGUUCAGUUGCAGGGUUUAGAUCUCUUAUAACUAAUCUUCUGAGCUUAUAAAUAAACUAUAUUUAUUUAAUAUGUCACAUAUCAAUGUAGCCUUUAAUGAAUGGGCCUCCUUUAUGACCCUAAAUCACCCACCUGACCAACUCGUGGAAAUGAGCUAUACAGACUCAGAAAGCAUAAAUAGUUCUAGUGACCGACUUUUGUUUCCCUCUAUACAACAAUGCGGAUUUUUCAAGUGGUGGAAACCCCCUCCACUGCAGAGUGAGAUACAAAAGAGACACACACAGAACGUACAUUAGAGAUGAGUAAAAUAAGGGACAAUACCUAUAGCCUUCCUGUGGCUACAGGUACAAAGUGUAAUCUCUGAAUGAAAACAAACCAAGUGAUCAACACCACCAUCAUCCACUGGCAUGAUCUCUUGAUCACUGGCCAUUCUCAUUGUUUUGUUUUUUUCUAUUAGCCAAAACCAGAGCGUUUCAACCGCUCACGUAGCAUUUGGCUGUAUAGCUUGGCAAUACAUGCCAUCAUUGAAUUUCUUUCUGAAAGGUGUUUUCUGAUAAUCUCUGGCUGCAGAUUGGCUCAACCCCGUUCUCUUUAGGCUUAAUGGGGCAGUGAUGGAUCUACAUAGUCCUGUCCUGAGUUUAACAUUAGCAACCGAGUGGGCAAUUGUAUGUGGUUUAUGCAAUAAAGAGGAAGAAUGGCUUUUGGUAUGUCAUGUUUUCACUAGGGAAAGUUUCAAAAGAUCAUUCACUAAACAUCGACAGAGUUACUCACUAAAGUGUGAUUUGUCAGUAAUUCAUAAUUAAUGUGAAACUGUAAUCCAUAGCAUCCACACUGGAAAUAUACUACAUUUUCAGUUUGGCUAUGUUGGCCUGCAAUUGAAAUUCCUUUAGAAAUCCCGACAAGUCACAAUUUAGUGAAUAAAUUCUGAAUCUAAUAAAUUAAAAACCACAAUGUUGCGUUUUGCUUUUCAGUUAACUAAAAUAGUUUCCAUAGGCUCUAGUCUUGCCAUAGCAACUAUUUGAUCACCCACCGUCUAAAGCUGAUGGGUGUUAAAACCAAAUGUGAGGUUGCAGAGUAUGUCACAAUCACUCCAUGGGCAUGAUUCUCUAAACCUGGAACUGCAAUGAGUUGACCAUAAAAAUUUAAUUUUUAGAAGAAAAUAACCAAUCUACAGUUCUACUCUUAGUAUCAAUUUUACAAUCCCCUGAAAUAUCAAACAUGAAAAAGAUAAGUGCUAUCACACCCAGAUAAUCUUUUAACAUUGUUUAAAGCCAAUUAAAUUGCACAAUAAAGCAAAAUUAAAAAAAUAAUACCUAUAUUCCAAGCACUAUUUUAGAAUAUAUUUUGAUGAAAAUACCUUAACUUUGCCAAAAAUAAAAAAAAAUCCUCGGACUUUGCAGGUGAUAGAGCAGAUGUAGACAUCCCGUGCCUUUCUGCCUGUUAAACUUGCCAAUAAUGGUCAGAAAAUUGCAGAUUGCUUGGGAUCGUGGAGUUCUACAAAAUGAAGGGUGCACUUUAGAUUAUUCCUGUAUUUCUAGAGCAUAUUGUAGCCAAGGGUAUUACUUUUUUAUUUUGUACAAAAGAAGUUGUAUUCUAUUUUGCACAUAUAUUUGAAAUACAUAUAUAUUUAUAAUGUAAUACGUUUGUAUUUACUUUGCAUGCAUAUUUUAACUUCUACUUUCAAACGGUUUCGAAACUAGAACUACCAUCAUCCUCUAGGUUACAGCCAUGGCUUUGAGAAUAAUGGGGGUUAUUUAUUUAAAGUAAAUAACAUACAAUACGAUUUUCUCCCUAUGAGGUUUUACAACAAACAUAUGGGGAUGCAAGAGGUGGCAAACUAGCCACCCCAUCUCACAUUACUGACAGUUUUAUGAAACCACAUAUCCCAUAAUUUCUUAUUAGGUAAUACCUGUCCGUUAUGGGAGUUAACGUCCAAAAAAAGAACUUUACUACAUUUUCUCUAUAGUAAAUGUAGUAUAGUUGAGAUCUACAUAAAAGUGUUAUCGCCCAAUACAUAACCUGGGCAACCAUCAGAUUAGCAAGGCCAAUUUCAGAUUUUAUUUUUUUUUCUGAUUUAAUAUUUACUAGAAAUAAAUUUGUUUAAUCAUUUUCAUGUUAUUUAUGAUGUAAUUUGCAAAGUAAUUUUCUUAAGAAUAAUAUCCAUUUCUAUGUAAAGGCUCUUCGUACUAGGAGUUACUUAAGAUUUCUGGGGGUUACAGUCUAAGCAAGAGUGAGAAAUCACCGAGCAGGCAGUCCCUUAUAAUUAAUUAUUUCUGAACAAAAUAUAUGUUGGUAGAAAAACAGCCGGCUAACUUGUAAUAUGUAGUAAAUUAAUAAAAACAUAAUUUUUAAAUCCUUUGUAGCUAAUAAAAUUAUAAUAAAUAUUUGCACUUUGGAUCCUUUAUCUUCUCGGCCAUAUGAAACCACAUGGUGCUUAUAAACCCAUAUGCAAUUUAACUAAAUGACAAACUUGUUUGGAGGGUGGUAAUAUUUUGUAUUUAUUUCAGAUUAUACAGUAGUAGUGCCAAAUAGAAUUCACUGUGACCUCAUCGAUUUGAUUGCGUUUGUUAUUUUUAUUUUGUAUUGUUACAUUAUCAAUAUAUUGUAGAUCAAUUGGCAGGUAUGCAUGUUACAUGUAAGGGACUGAUAGUCAACUCAAAAUAUACCAUUAAAAUAAAAAUGAUAUAGAACAUUUUUGCCAUCUACUGCUGCAUCCAAAUUAAAAAUGUAAACAGUUCUCUCCCACAAUGGUGUAUCAUUUGUGUGUUUCUCUGUUUUAUGUAAACCCAUGUUUUGAAAGCAUGUAUAGUACAAUGUCAACAUCCAUUACAGAAAAUUUUAUUUUGUUUUUUACCAUUCUUGAGGCGUCAGUUAUAGAAAUGUUUUGUGUUACAAUGUGUUCGUACAUGACAACAAUAUAUACGAGGUUGGGUUUAAAAGCAGCAUCCCUGCUUCAAAUUUCUGUGCAGUUUUAUAUCAUGAAACAGUAAGUAGUUAUGGUGAACUAAUUCACCCCUUAAUUUAGCCUAAUGUUUGCAACGCAGUUUAUCACAAUCCUGUUUUGAAGAAAAAAAAAAAAAAAGAAAAAAAAACCUCCUUAAUGUUCUCUUUUUGUAAUUUUAUGGCAGAUCAGGAUAUAGUAUUGACUCACUUAAAGUACCAUCUCUACAGCAUAAUUUCAAACCUGCUCCCUGUCCAAGCACUUAACAGUCUUUUAACAUGACAUUAAUGUUGCAGUAAGAAACAGAGAUUUCAGCCCUGCAUUUUACAGAGUGCUAAAAUGGUUUCUUAAAGAUACAUGACUGAGGUUUGAAAGAAUAAAAAAAAAAAAAGUAUACCUUAAUGGUCUAUUGUCACCUGUACCACAAAAACACAAUAAGAAUGAACAUCUAAUAAAAUAGUUACACCAGCAUGGUUAUAGAUCUUUGUGUCUUGGAAUGCCAUUUCAGAUUAGUAUUUCUGCCUGAGAUUGUUCUGCAGCAUGAAAUAAUGCUUGUUGUACAGUUCUAAUAAAUCUGACUUAACAUGCACUUUACACAUUCGAUUUGCAUCAAAUUCAGUGUUCCACUAAGCCAGUAAUGGCCAGCUCCUGGCACCAUGAAUAUUGGGGUAAACAUCUUGGGAAAGGUUGUCCAGACAGUUGAGGGGCAAGGAUUAGCCAAUACCUCUGUAAGAGGAGCAGCUUGUAAACUAUGGGCACAUUUGUUUAAAAUGCAUCCUACAAGAUUGUGUUUAGCACCCUCGGUAUGUAGUUUGAGCAGUGAGUUUGUAAUAGCCUUUUUCAAUCAUCACAGGCCAGCUCACCUUAGGACACUGCACCCAUGGAUAAUCUGGCAGUGAACUAUUUUGGCAUUUUAACAUUCUCUAGCAGCCUUGGCAUGGCAGCUGUACUUCUCAUGUUGUUCCCUAGUCAAUCUCAAAUGGGGGGACAGAAUUUUGUAGUGUUGGGUUCAUGUCAUAUUCUGCACUUUUUGUAUUGUUUGUAUUACAGACUCGAUUGAAAUGUUACAUUGUUAAUCAAACCUUAUACAGUUGUGUUUUUGUGUAACAUUUUUAAACCUGCUGUGCCAUUUCCAAUUGCUUUGCAUAUUACUGCGUUAUUUUGCAGAAUGCUUGUUUAAAAUAGAAUGCUACAUACAAUAUUGUUUGUUUUCAGC